CGGAUGCAGCGCCGCGUCCUCGCUCCCGCGGCGGCCCGGACCAGGCCUGGCCCGUGAUGACUAGUUCUGGGCUCUGCUCCUGGCCUUCCCCUCCCCAGCUCUCCUCUUUCUCAGGCUCCUGCGCCCCGCGGGCCCCUUCUGGCUCCCUUGGCUGUCUUCUGCUUGCUUAGACUACUUGCAGAGUUUUAAGGUACGAAAUACACUGCUCGCUCAAUCCUGGGAAUCUAAGCUCAGCUUAGGGUGUAGGAGAAAACUGCCUUAAGUCUCUGGGGCUUGUGCCCUUUAAGCCAUUCCGUGUUCAUGGAGCCAGUCAGUCGCCCUGCUGCCUCCUCAGUCACACGCUGUCCUCCUUGGUUCGCCCCUUGUAAGUGUUUUUAAAAUAAAGUUUUUCGCUUGGUUUGAAUAUUGGCUCUGUGCUAAGGAUGCAGAACAUUCUGUUAACAUGUUUGGGCAGAGGAUGGAAAGGGGUGUAGGGACACAGAAUUUUAGAAGGCUUUUUGCACUGCGGAAUCGUACCUCCCCAGUUACGAUUAAGAUAGUAAUCGUAUCUGGAUUUGGCCUAUUUCAUACAAUUACAAAGCCCCUUUAAAAGGAAUUCUCGCUAAACUGUUCUGGAGUCCUAACGAGUAGCAAGAACUAUUGCUUCUUAAAAUGAUAACUCAUCAUGUUAAAAUCAGAUAUAUUUUUUUUUUUUUUUUUGCACAAGGACGUUUGUAGGAAAAAGUAUACCCGUAAAGAGUGAACCAAACACAUGGAACUUGUAGUCGGAGGAUUUUUAAAAUGGAGGACGAAGGUCAGGUUGAGGAAAUAGGGAAAAUUAUCUGCAGGGAAGUUUUGCCCCCCCCCCCCCUUUUUUUUCUUUUUCAACCUAUUUUGUUUCCUUCUUUGCUUUAUUUUUCGUCUCUUGGCCUUUUUUCCCUUUAAACCGAGUGAUUACUUAUGAUAUGCUUGUGGUCCUACCCUGAGAUGAUUAUUUAUUUUGAUGUUUUAUAAUCGAAUGUGCACUUCCUAAGCAUUUUAUUGACUUUUGGGGUGGUUAGGCAUUGCCUGCAGACUGGGCUCAGGUAAGAUACACUAAUAAUGUUACUCCAUGUUCUUUGUUUAUUUAGAAACAUUUAAACAACCUAGUAGGAAAGACAUAUGUUAACCUUUUGGGUUUAUGUUAACAUUAAGAGAAAACAUCUUAGCAGUGGAUAUGUAUGUGAAAUCUUUGGACGAUGUGGAGCAACAUUAUAAUACUGUUUCACAGUCACCUGUUUCUCUGAAAAAGGAAGUGAAAUGUUCAGCUGGGUGUGAUGGCUCACGCCUGUAAUCCCAGCAUUUUGGGAGGCCGAGGCGAGUGGAUCACGAGGUCAGGAGUUUGAGACCAGCCUGACCAACACGGUGAAACCCCGUCUGUACUAAAAAUACAAAAAUUAGCUGGGCGUGGUGGCGCGCCCCUGUAGUCCCAGCUACUCAGGAGGCUGAGGCAAGAGAAUCGCUUGAACCCAGGAGGCGGAGUUUGCAGUGAGCCGAGAUCAUGCCACUGCACUCCAGCCUGGGUGACAGAGCGAGACUCAUCUCAAAAAAAAAAAAAAAGAAAGAAAGUGAAGUAUUCAACUUGGUUAUAAUUAAGAUUAUGAUUUCCCAAUUGACUUGCCCACAUUCUUCAUUGUUAGUUUUGGAAAACCUGUUUGAAGACUUUUGACUACAAAAGACUACAAGAUUUUUAUACAAGAUAAAAAUUAGGGAAUUGUAUCAAGAUAAAAUUUGUAAUUGGUAAGCAAAGACUAAUGUUAAUAACUUGUUGUUUUCUUUUUUUUUUUUUGAGACAGGGUCUCACUUUGUCACCCAGGCUGGAGGGCAGUGGUGUGGUGGUGUGAUCAUAGCCAACUGCAGCCUCGAACUCUUGGGUUCAAGUGAUCCUCCCAUGUGAGCCUCCUGAGUAGCUGGGACUACAGGUGUGCAUCACCACACCAGCUAAUUUUUUUGGUUUUUAGUAGAGACAAGGCCUCACUCUGUUUCAGAGGCUGGUCUGGAAGACCUGAGAUCAAGCAAUCCUCCUGCUUCAGCCUCCCAAAGUGCUGGGAUUACAUGUGUGAGCCACCAUGCCUGGAUGUGUUUUUUUUUGUUUUUUGUUUUUCUCUUUAAAAUUGACCAUAUUGGUUGAUUAUUCAAAUGAUAAGUCCAAGUCAUCUACAUAUGAGUGUACAGUAAACGGCAAGUGAUGUAACACCAUAAGUAACAUUUGUGUUGAAAAGAUUUGGCCCCAGAGGAAGGAUAAUUGAUAAAUUAAGGGAAGUAUUUGUGUAAGAUUUAGAUAUGAAAUUUGAACUGGAACACUGGAACAGCAGAGGAUCAUAGUAUCAUAAUUGAAGUGAAAUGCUGACAGGUUCAAUUUACCCUGGGUUGUUGGAUUUUUUUUUUUUAAAUGCUUAAGCAGAAGAAGUGAUCUUAAAAGAAAAUACUCCCUUUAUCUUCAAAUUCUGGGACUCUUCAAAAACAAAAUUAAGAGCAGCUCAUCUUAAACAGGUUCUUCACAUGAGUUGGAGGGGUGAACUGAAAUAAUUUGAAAAACAAACUAGCAGAGAUGACACUUGAAUAAUUAGAGUUGUGAUUAAAAAUAUUGUUCCACCAAAGUUAUGAUUUUAGAAUUGUUGUAUGUAAAUAGUACUAGUAAGUUUUUUCCCUACGAAAUUACUAUCUUAAUCUCAAGAGUCUCUGUUCUUAUGCAGCCUUUGAAUCUACUUUCUAGUACUAAUAUUUAAUAUUUUCCUCUUUAUAACCAAUUAUAUAUUUUAAGUAUUUUAUUAGUAUAUGUUGAAUUGAUACUAUAUUUUUAUUCUUGUUAUUCUUAGUCUCUUCCUGUGAGUAUCUUCAUGUGAGUAUGUUUAAUCUGUCUGCCUCAGAUUUUAGGAUCUGAGGGGCAGAAAGUGUGGAUUCUCACUUUUUGUCUUUUCUCACAAAUUGGCUCUUCUAAAUUUAAGAACAAAAACUUUGAAAAACUUGAAAUACAGGUAUGCUUCACAAUCAGUAAAAUAUUCUAGAUAACAGGUUCCUUAGUGUCGUUAGGCUUUCAAGACUGUCCAUUACUUGGCCGGCCCACACUCUAAUUUAUCUCCAUCUCCUGGUCAAGAGCUGGGCCAUCUCUUUCUCCUAGUUCUCACCAGUAACAUUCCCACUCAGGUGAAUCCCCUGUGUUCCCUAUACCCCUAGAAGGUGGGUUUAGCCAAUUUAGUAAGUAAGACUUCUUUGUCUGUCAUUGUUACCCGAAUACUUCCUGUAUUUCUUAGGAGAACAAAAGGAGAUCCUGUGAAUGUGGAGUUUCAGGUGUUUGAAGGUCAGUGUAGCAAGUAAUCAAAAAAAGAUUGAUAACAAAGGUGGUCAGUUUGUAUUAAAUAAAGGAAAGAACAGUCACUGCUAUAGAGCAAUAAAAAAUGUAAUCUGUAGAAUGCGGUUUGACCAUAAAUAUAUUUUGCAAGUAUUUGAGUAGUUUCCAUUGCUGGAGUUCAUCUAAAAUGAUUGCUAUUGAAAUAAAGUGGAGAUGAUAGAUGCAAAGGCAAGGUAAGUAGACUUCCAAUGUCAAGAUAUUUUAUAACUUUAAACAUAAGACAGCACUCUGAGCACUUAUUUUUAGUUUUUAAUGAAGAGGAUAUUGUUACACGCAGUGAAGAAUAAAUGAUCCACUAAUCAGUUAGUGAGUUAGAUUUUUUAAAACAACUUUAGUGGGAUAUAAUUAAUAUACCAUACAAUUUGCCCAUUUAAAGUGUACAAUUCAAGGUUUUUACUUAUGUUCACAGGGUUGUGCAACCAUCAUCAAACCUAAUUUCAGAACAUUUUCAUCUUCCUUAAAAGAAAUGCUGUACCCAUUAGGCCCUUCACUCCCUGACCCCCACCCGCUCCAGCCCUAGUCAACUACCAAUCUACUUUCUGUCUACGUAGGUUUACCUGUUCUGGAUAUUUCAUAUAAAUGGAAUCAUACAAUAGGUGUUCUUUUUUGUUAGUGGCUCUUUGAUUUUUGCAUAAUGUUUUCAAGUUUCAUCUAUGAAAUCUGUACUUCAUUUUGUUUGUAUUGCUGAAUAAUAUUCUGUUUUGUGGAGUGAGGUCAGAUUUCACAAAAAAAGUCUUCAACCCUUUGUUCUACCCUCUGGAUGUUUACAUUAGCAAAUCUCUAAGAUGUAGCUUCUGGUUGCUGAUGGAACUCGUUUGGCUUUGCAGUAUUCCAAGGUUCUCCUAAUUCAGUAGAUAGUGAGGACUUAAAAAUGGCAUGGAAUGGUGUGGUUCUCCUCUGGAAAAACCAUUCAUGAAAACAUGCUUUGCUUAGCCAUGCUCAAGAAUUAAAGGAUUCUCAAAAUCACAGGUAUAAUCACAAUUUCUGUUUUCACAUUGGUUAACUGCACAGGGUUAACCUCAAAUGACUGAAGAAUACUUGUGUAACUAGAGCUUAUUAAUAGUAGGUGUCUUUCUUUAACAAGAGUUUGUGAUAUCACAUGAUUUGAAGAAUUAUAUAUGAAAUGUUAGUUAUUUAAAUUGACAACCCAGAAGAAAUAUUAAUAACUAUCAUUUAUUGAAUGGGUGCUUGAAAUGUGCCAGGAACUUGAGAUUAUUUUUAACCUCUUUGAGCUGUGCUCCGUUGUCCCCAGUGGACAGAGGAAGAAUCAGAGGGUUUAGUAAAUUGCUUUCAUUAUCUAUGGUUUCAUAGCUAUUAAAUUGCAGAGUCAGGAUUUGAAACCAAGUCAUCCAUUCUGCAACAUUCGUACACUGUAUGUUGGUGAUGGGCCUACAGACUGGAUGAGUACUCGGGAGUAGAUUUCUUUAUACCUACAAACUUUAUUAAAAGCUUUUUGAUUGAAGACACACUUUCACUUUUUAAAAUUUAAAUUUUUGUUUUAUUUUUAAGAACAAUCUCAGACCAAAAAAAGGCACAGUUUCAAAUUUGCACAUUCAUGAUUUUUCUGGAAGGAUUGCAGAAUAGUUGGCACAUUUUGGGAUCAAGUAGCUUGGGAUUUUCUUCAGAUUUGCAACCAUAAAUCUUGUCGUAUGAGAAAAUACUGGAAAGUUACUAAGGUGCUUAACAAAGCAAAGGGUUUGACAGUCAUCAGAAUGGUGGGAUUUGACUUCGAAUGCUAUUUUCUGUUUAUCGCUCUGGCAUUCUUGAAUGGAUUUAGUGACUCCCUGGAGGUCCAGCUUGGUAAAUGUCAUAUGCUUGCUGUUGACAUUCUAGUAUUGGGGUAUAGAUACCUGUUCUUACUGGCGAGCCAAUGUUGAUCGCAGUAGUCAUUACAUGGGUUAUAUUUUUCGCAGAGGCAGGGAAGGUGAGGGAAGGCAAAGAAACAAACUUAGUCAUAAAUGUUUUUGAAUAUUUGUUUAUUCUGCCCUUUGGCUCCCGAAAGGGACUACGUGUGCCUAAAUGGAAAAAGUUCUGCAGAUUAAAGUUGGCAGGGCAACUUUCAAGUACUAGUGCUGGAGUCUACCUAAGAGGAAACAGAUGCAACUGAAGAUUGGACCUAAAAGCAUACCUUUAUCUGAUUUGGAGGAAAAACCAAAGAGGGAGGUUUCCUGGGAUUACAGAUCCUGAGUCUACAUUCCCUGAAUAUCUUCUUCCCUCACUCCCCUCCCGACUAGCCCCCAUUGCUCCCACCCUGUUUUUUUUUUUUUUUUUUUUUCCUGUUCUUUCUUUCUGUGCAACACUAACUUUCCUAUUUAGAGGUCAAACUUGAACUUGGAGACCCAAACCUAGACUUGAAUUCUAGCUUCCCUACAGAUUUCAUAGGCUUAUUGUGAAGGGUAAAUGAGAAUACUUAUUCUCUGUAAAACAGAUAGUACAUAAGUGCUUGAUAACUUGUUAUUAUUAUAGUAUUAUUAGCCUUAGUAGCACUGUGCUCUGAUUACCUGAGCUAAUUGCCAGGGUAAGGUUUAGAAGAAAGAGUUGAUAUCUGGGUGACUACAUUGUCAGAUAACUGAGAUUACCAUUGCUACUUGCAACUCAGAGUGUUGAGCUUUAAAACUAAUUUUUUGUUGUUGUUGGUUUUGGUUGGUUGAAUUGAGGAUAAUUUAUUUCUUUCAGUUUCAGAAAAAUUUGUCAGAAGAUUUACAUAACAAAAUUUAUAAGUUUAGAAUGCAUGGGUAAACGGAUUUGAAUAGAUCAGUUUCAGUGCCAUUAAAAGCUAUUUGUAGAUAAGGAUAAGUUAAAUGUAUAUUUUAAAAAUAGUGCAUCCUUUAUUUCAUUUCCCUUCUUGUCACUCUUAGCAAAACAACAUGUAGCAAUUCAUAUGCAUGUCAUCUGGGAUGGAUUGAGAUUAAGGUUAGGGAGGCAGGGUGAGCAAAGCCCUCACUGGGCUUGGUGGAGAGUAUGACAUAACACUAUUCAUUUGCCCAUUUAUCCACCACAAAUACUGUUGAGUGCUAACUAUAGACCUUAUAAUAGUCCAAUGGGAUGACAAACAGUAACAAAAUGAAUAAACUGUGCUAUGGUAAGUGGUGAGAACAGGAGGUACUUGGUCCUAUGAGAAUUUGUGAGGGAAAGUUCUAGAGCUGCCCUGAGGAAGCAGUGCCUCAGCUGAGAUCUGACGGUUGAGUGUAAGUGAGCAAGCUGGAGUGACAGGAAGGGCAGAGGGAAGAAUGUUCUUGGCAGAAGGAAUAGCAGUUGCUAAAUUCCUAGGGCAGGAAAGGGCAGGGCCCUCAUGAAACGAGGGCUGAGUGAUGAGCCAGGAAAGCUCAGAUAUGAGUGCCAUGGAACUGGAGAGGCAAGAAGGGCAAUGAGCAGGGCCUUCAGCCUUUAUCCUGGAGCAGUGGAAAGCAGUUGAGGUGAUUUUAAGCAGAAGGGUAACACUGUUGUGUUUGCAACUGUAAGCAGAAUUUCUUGUUUCUAUGACUUCCCUAGAGUUAUUGCCGGCCCUCUUUGGGAAAACAUUGUUACACAGAGAUAGAUCAGUGUAGGUAUUCAGAUAAACUCAGUUAAAAUUGCCUUUUUUAAAAUGUCAAUUGGCUGGGCGCAGUGGCUCAUGCCUGUAAUUCCAACACUUUGGGAGGCUGAAGUGGGCGGAUCACUUGAGGCCAGGAGUUUCAGACCAGCCUGGCCAACAUGGCAAAACCACAUCUCUACUAAAAAUACAAAAAUUAGCCAAGUGUGGUGGUAUGCACCUGUAGUCCCCGCUACUCGGGAGGCUGAGGCACCCGAAUAGCUUGAACCCAGGAGGCGGAGGUUGCAGUGAGCCGAGAUUGCACCACUGCACUCCAGAGUGGGCAACUGAGCAACACUCUGUCUCAAAAAAAAAAAAAAAAAAUUUAAUGAAUACAAUAAAAUGAGAAUUUAUGCUUUUUGUAAGGGAUGCUACUUUUGUGCACUUCUUAGUUAUCAUCUCUCAGAGACCAUUUCUGUCUGGGGGAAAAGUCUGAUCACUGUGGUAUGGGAAGUUCUUCUCUUACAGGGACUGAGUGAUGGGGUUAUUGAAACACUGAAACUAGGUUAUUGCUUUGUCAUGGUAACUCCAUAAUACCAUGGUGUGGUAGUUGAGAAGCUUGCCACAAAUCUGUAUCAGAAAGAACGCUUUGUUUUAUUUGUCGAUUUUUGUCUACAAAACAAUGUGUUUGCCCUAUCUCUAACUGGCAAUUCCAGGAAAAGUAUCCAGUUUCUGGAAAGUUAUCUUUGCCACCAUUUAGUGAAGUUAUUUCCAUUUAAAUAACCUAGUCAUUGUGGAAGAGAGGAAGGGCUAGACAGUUUAAGAACUUGAACAAUUGGUGCCUCUCAAGAGUAUUACGUUGGGAAACAGUAUAGCUAACAAACAUAUUGGCUUUGGAGUCAGUGGGCAAGCUGUGCUGUUACUAAGCUGGUUGACCUUAGGCAAAAAUAGUUAACCUCUGAACAUAACUUCUUUCAUUUUUUAGGGGGAUGAUACUUUUCAGGAUUAUUAUGACAAUUAAAUGAGAUGUAAAUGAGGUUCUAGUAUAGUCCUUACUGUAUUUUUAUGAAUAUUAAGUAACAUAUAUUUAAGAGCAUCAUUUGUUUGUAUAGAUUACUCUUAUUGGAUGAAAAGGGAUUGUUGAAACUAAGAAAUAAUUGUAGUUCACUCAGCAGGUACACAGUUGAAAAUCUAAAAUUAUGAACAGACCAAUUAGGAGAUGACUAGUGCUACUGCAGAAGAAUUCCUUGCUUGGGUAAAAGAUUUACUAAGCAGUUCCUUUAUAUAUAGAUCCCCUUAGUGAGUAAAUCUAAGAUAGGAAGGACUUCAAAAAAUUUGGUUAUUUAUAAUUUUUCAAUUACAUUUGUAAAAACCUUAGAGUUAUCUUUAAGUCUUCACCACAUGCAGCCUUUUAGGAAAUCCCGUUGACUCUGAACUUCAAAAUAUCCAGAAUCUAGUGAGUUCUAAGCCACCACAGACUCUUGUCUCUCUAAUAACAAGUUUCUUAUCUCUCUGCUUCCACCUUGGCUCUCCUGCAGUUGAUUCUCACAUAGCAGCCACAGUGAUCCUUGACAAGCUUUGGUCAGAUUGUGUGAUGCUCUGCCUAGAUCUCUCUAGUGGUUUCUCACCCACUCAGAUUAAAACUCAGUAUUUGUCUUGUGGCUUUGAAUAAGGCUUUAUUUUAUUUUAUUCUAUUUUAUAUUUAUAUUUAUUUUUAUUUUUUGAAGCUGGGUCCUGCUCUGUCGCCCAGGCUGGAGGGCUGUGGUGUGAUCUCAGCUCACUGCAGCCUCUGCCUCUCAGGUUCAAGUGAUUCUCCUGCCUCAGCCCCCCAAGUAGCUGGGACUACAGGCGAGUGCCACCACACCCUGAUAAUUUUUUUGUAUUUUUAUUAGAGACGGGGUUUCACCAUACUGACCAGGCUGGUUUUGAACUCCUGACCUCAGGUGAUCCACCUGCCUCAGCCUCCCAAAGUGCUGGGAUUACAGGUGUGAGCCACCGCACCCGGCCUGAACAAGGCUUUAAACCACCUGCUUCCUGCUUCCAUUGACCUCUGACCUCAUCUCCACUACUCUUACUCCGUUCCACCCACAUACACCUCUUGCUGUUCCUUGAACAACCUUGGCAUUGUUGCUUUGGGGCCUUUGCUUUUUCCUCUUCACGGAAUGCUCUUCCUCCAGAUAUCCAUGUGACUGACCCUUCUUACUCUCCUUCAAGUCUUUGCAGAAAUAUCACCUUUUCAAUGGAACCGCCCCUCCUACCUAUAAACUCACAGUCCUUUCUCCCUCACCCCCACUCCUAUCCAUUACCCUGCCCCACUUUUCCUUUUUGUCAUAGCACUUGUCACCAUCUCCCCUACUGUAUACUUUGCUCAUUUAUGAUGUUUCUGUUAGAAUGUGAGCACUGUAAGGCAAGGAUCUUUGUCUUUUAAUCUCAAGCACCUAGAACAAUGUCUGUACACAGUAAGUGCCAAUGUACAUUUGUUGAAUUAAUGGAAAUAUCUGUUAAGUAAGGUAUUCAUACAUAUAUAUAUAUAUAUAUUUUUUUUUUUUUUCUUUUCUGAGACAGGGUCUCACUAUAUUGCCCAGGCUGGCCUCAAACUCCUGGGCUCAAGUAAUCCUCCUGCCUCAGCCUCCUGAGUUGCUGGGACUAUAGGCAUGUGUCCCAGCUGUGUCUGGCUUCCAGUCUUUUUAAUAUUAAGGGAUAAUGAUUUUUGUGAAUUAUCUUCUCUUUUUACAUUCUCUUAUCAGCUACAAAUCUAACAAAUAUUAGCGGUUUCCCAACCUCUAAAAAUGAAAUUAUUUAAUCUAAAAAUAUAGAGUAAACUCAGGACGAAGUUCUCCUAAUACAGACUCUGGAACUAGAUUACCUACUUUUGAAUCCCAGCUCAGCUAGUUACAGUGUUAUCACCUUAACUUCUAUGUGCCUCAGUUUCCUCAUCUGUAAAAUUGGGAUAAUUAUAGAUUGGAAAUACUGAUUAAAUGGGGCUAACUGAUUUAAUGUGUGUGGAAUACUUAGACUACUGAGAACACUACCUGACAUUUCAAUGUUAAAUACUAUAGAAAUGAUAGCAGAUAUUAUCUGAUGGGAUGAUUCUGAUUUUAUCCACAUGCAUCUUUUCCCGACUUUCCCUCAGAUUUCUAAAGACACUGCAUAUUCCCUUCUAGAUGAUUAUCAAAGUCGUCAAUUUUAGUAUGUCUAAAAUUUAGCUUUUCUACUCUCCCCAGCGUGUUCUGGACUUCCUUAUUUUUGCUAAUUAUGUCAUCGUCUUGCUAGUCAUGCAGCUCCAAAUCAGAGAUGGCAAAUUCUGAUGCCUCAGGCAGGUCAAGUAAAAUGAGUGAAGUGGACCAGGUGUAAUGCAUGUCAAGACACUGUCCAGGUAACCAGGCAUGGUCUCUAGUAGCAGCCUUCAGCAACACUGGCACAGUCCUCUCAGAUUUUCACCAGCAGCCCAAAUCUAGAUUUUCAUAUAGAAAGUUUCUUAAUUGUUUAGAGUUGAUGCAAAUUUCUCAGGUUUACUCUGUGGACCAAAUAAAUUAUGUCAGUGGCUAGAUGCAUCAAGUAGCCAGUUUGCUCCCUCAUCUCUAAGUCUUAGAAUCAUGCUUUCCUUUGCACAUCUAGACAGGAAAUUGCCAAAUCUUGCUGAAUCUACCACUACAGUCUCUCUCGCAUCCAUACCUUCCUCUAUGUUCUCCUAAUAUAUUGCCUCCCUACCAAAUCUUACACUCACUCUGGCGCAAGUUUAAUCUACCAGUGAAGCCUCCAAUCAAGUUACCCCUUCCUUAUACCUUACACAUACAGGUCAGAAGUUUCAUAAUGUCUAUGCAAACAUCAGGCUCCUUGGCCCUUUUGAUCUUGGCCUUGUGUCUGUUUCUGAUGUCACCUCCUUUGCACCCUUCCUUGGAUGCAUCCUGGAUGACGUCCUGUGUCCCAGACAUGCCUGUGCUUUCCUGCUUCUUGCAGCCUCCAGGGCCUUGCUUGUGCAGAGGCAUUUAGUAGGUUUUGGUGGUUGUUGCAUGUUGGCCUCACUCUGCCUGAGGUGCACUUUCUCAUAUUCCACACUCUUCCUCACUCUUCCUGUUUAUGAAAUUCUACUCAUGUUCCAGAGUGUCAAUUGUGACUUUUUGCGUUGAGAGCUUUCUAGAUGAUAGUGACUGUGCACUUUUGGAACUCUAAUAGUAUUUCUUGUAUUCAUUCUGGUGGGCUUUUUCACAGUUUACCUUAUUAGUCGUGUGUAUGUAUAUGUGUGCAUGUAUCACUUCAUUUGCUCAAAAGUGUAUUUGCACUAUAAUAUUUCAUGAGUGAAUACUUUUUUCCUUGAGGUUCUGGUGUAUUUCAAUUGGGGGUCAGAUGUUUUGCUUUAGUUUUCUAUUUUUUGUUCUACUUUGCAAAAUAAUUUGUGAACUGUUUUUUCUCCUUCUUCUGAAACCUCAAGUGCUAUACAUCUAAAACUGCUAGAUUGAAAAUAAACCAAGGCUGGUUAGACAAAGCUGGUUACAGAGUUAUGAUAGUAGGGCUGUCAUACUAGUUUUGAAAAUGUAUAGUGCACUGAGAUCAAAAAGAUGUCCUUGAAUAGUAUUGGUAACAGGCUAACCUUUCUUCAUCUGUGGUAUCAGGAAAUUACAGGGAGUUACAGGGAACUGAACACUCUGCCAUAUUUAAUAAACAUUAAAUAUAAAUUUGGUAGUAUAUUUGUUAUUCUUUCCCAAAUCUUUACAAAAUUGUUGUGAGUAGAUUUUCCUUUAGUAAGAAAGAUUUCUCCAAUUAAAGUUUUAGUAACACCUUGCUAAUUGGUAAGGCUUAUUGGUAAGACUAAUUCGUGAAAAAUUAAAUUCUAGGGUGUGUUGACCAAAAUGUAGUUUUUAAUUUUGAAGUUGUGAUAAAAUAAGUCCAUACCUUCUGGAACUACCAUUCUUUUUGAAUUGUUGAAGACUCUGGACCAAAUUCCCUGGAAAAUCUCUUUGAUAGUAAAUACAUUGAAUAGUAAGCAUAUAGAACCAGAAACUGCUAUAAAGUUAACCAUAGAGCAUUGAGUAUAUAGUUUAUUUGCUUCAUGGAAAUAAAUGAAUACUACAGUUGGUUGACAAUUUUUACACCAGUUUAGUCAGCCAUUUUGUGAAAAAACUUGAGAAAAUGAAAAAAAUCAGGAGGCAGAAGAGAAUCAUGAUAGAAUAGCAGAACUGGAAGGGAUGUUAGCAACCUCUUCACUUCAAUUAUUAGGGAAAUACAUGCUGGAAAAGGUAAUGACUUGCCCAAGAUUAUGCAUCCAGUUAGAGAAUGGCCAGGCCAGACAGUUCAGUGGCAAAGGGCAGAAGUGGUGGAUGCAUUUGUGGUAGAUUGAUUAAAAGCAACGAUAGGAGCGAUGAGCAGCAGGCUCUGACAGCAAAGUGGAAGAGAUUUGUCUGGGUUGAAUUAGAGGAAAGUGGUGAGGAGGAAAAGCAGAGGUGAUUUAGUGAUAGUGAUGAGGAUGCUGGCAGAACUGGACAUCAUCACACAUUCCUGAAACUGGUAUGAGGCAAGAAACAGUCCUCUCUAUACAAGAGCCUAAACUCUUAAAGAAAUGAUAUGUACCUUUUUAGCCCUUAAGGAUGCCAUUAUGCCAUGCUCUUGGUACACCCUACAUAGAUGUUAAGACCAGGAGGCACUUGUUCAUUGUAUACAGUGGUGCAAGCUAAGUUAGUUGAUCCAAUAUCUCCUACCCAGAGUCUCAGCUGUGCUUAUAUCCCAAACUACUGAUUAUGUUGAUGACACUUAAUUCCCAAGGAAAUACUGCAUUUAGUAUAUGUUCCUCAAGGUGGCCAAAAAAGAAUAUAGUAUUUUUUAGAAAUUUAAAUACCAGUGUAAAAAAAUCCUUUAAUAUUCCUAGUCUGGAGAAAACUUCUUCAGAUUGAUUUUACUGUAAUGACUGGCAUUAACUGCUCAUAACCAAGCUAACUUCCAGUAGGAAUAUUGCCAGCUUUGCUUUACUGAUAGCUGAGACUCUAGUCCUGUAGAAGCAGUACUCAUACAGUAGACAGGUUCCCCUGAUCUUGCACAUCCAAUCUCAUAAUUUUGCCAUGGAACAGGAAGCUACUGCUUAUCUGUGUGUUCCAAUGCCUAUCACUGUCUGUCAUGUGUAAGGAGGCGAUGAUCUCCUUACAGAUAACGUGAAAACAAAAGCCACAUUGGGCUAGACAACAACAUUCACACAUUCUGAAUUAGAGCAGGCUGAUUUAAUAAAAUGUUACUGUAAUGGUGACAUUUUAAUUUACAGAGCCCUUUUCAAGUAUUCUUGAAUUAUUUCCAUAACAACCCUAUGAGGCAGGUUAGGGUUGGUUUUGUUAUUUCCAUGUAAUAUACCAAGACCAGAUGGAGAUGCAGUGACUGGUAUAAGGGUUACACAGAUAGUAAGUAGCAGAAGAAAUUGAAUCUAGGUUUUCUGACUCUAGGCUCCAUGUUCUUUCUAAUUUACUGCCAAAGCUGCUGAAUAAGGGUGAUUUUAAGCCCAUUUGGAAUACUUGCACAUGAGCUUACAAGUUGGAGAAUUUCUCAAAUGUUGCUUGAAAGUGAAAGGUUGGCCAGGUGUGGUGGCUCAUGCCUGUAAUCCCAGUACUUUGGGAAGCUGAGGUGGGAGGAUUGCUUUAGCCCAGGAGUUCCAGAUCAGCCAGGGCAAAAAAAAAGAAAAAAGAAAAAAAAUGAGCCAGGCAUGGUGGUACAUGUCUGUAGUCCCAGUUACUCAGAUGGCUGAGGUGGGAGGAUUGUUUGAGCCCCGGAGAGUGAGGGUGCAGUGAGCCAUGAUUGCACCACUGCACUUCAGCCUGGGUAACAGAGCAUGACCCUGUCUCAAAAAAGAAACAUAAAAGUUAAAGGUCUGUUUAUAUCAUGGCAGUAUUCAAAUUCAUCUGGAUCAUAUGAAUCAGUCCAGUGUGCUCAUUAACGUUACAUUCUAGGGCUUUACUACAGACCUACAGAAAAAAAAUCUGUAAGAAAAGAGCAUGGGACCAUGUAUUUUUAACAAAUAAGAUGAUUCUUAAGGUCAUGCAUUUUGGGGGCCAGGCACGGUGGCUGACACCUGUAACCUUAGCACUUUGGGUGGCUGAGGUGGGCAGAUCACUUGAGGUCAAGAAGCUCUAGACCAGCCUGGCCUGGUCUAGUAGAGAUGGUGAAACCCCAUCUCUACUGAAAAUACAAAAAUUAGCCCCAAGUGGUGGCAUAUGUCUGUAAUCCCAGCCAUUUGGGAGGCCGAGGCAGGAGAAUCGCUUGAGCCUGGGAGACAGAGUGAGACUCUGUCUCAAAAGAUCAUGCAUUUUGGGAAACACUGGACUAGCCCUAGAAAAAACAGUGGAUUAUCCAUGCAGGCUUUUUAACCAAAUAUCUUCUGAAUACCAGGGCUUGGUUUAUAAUAGUGAGCCACCGUGUCCGGCCCAGAUGGGUUUUUAAAAAUUAUCUUUAUUGGCCGGGCGUGGUGGCUCGUACAUGUAAUCCCAGCAUUUUCGGAGGCCGAGGCAGGUGGAUCACUUGAGGUCAGGAGUUUGAGACCAGCCUGACCAACACGGUGAAAACCGGUCUCUACUAAAAAUACAAAAUUAGCUGGGCGUGGUGGUGCACGCCUGUAAUCCCAGCUACUUGGGAGGCUGAGGCAGGAGAAUCACUUGAACCUGGGAGGCAGAGGUUGCAAUGAAUUGAGAUUGCACCAUUGCACUCUCACCUGGGCAACAAGAGCAAAACUUCGUCUCAAAAAAAAAUCUUUAUUAUGAAAUUAAUAUAAAUGAUAUCUUUUAAUGAUGAUUCUUAAAGAGGCAAUAGACUGAAGAGGAUGUUCUAAUUAGUCUUCUUCUUCUUCUUCUUCUUCUUUUUAAGCCCUUUAAAUGAUGAGGAAGGAGGAAAAUGGGUUUAGGUUCUACCAGAAGAAAUUUAGAUUUUAGUUGGCCAUCUGGAUGACCUUUGUAGUAAUUAAACAGUCAGAUUGGGUCAUUCCUUCAGCAGAUAAAUAAAUAAAUACAUAUAUUUCUAACUUUUAUUUUAAGUUCAGGGGUGCAAGUGAACGUUUGUUACAUAGGUAAAUUUGUGUCAUGGAAUUUUGUUUUACAUAUUAUUUCAUCACCGAGGUAUUAAGCCUAGUACCCAUUAUUUUUCCUGAUCCUCUCCCUCCUCCCACCUUCCACCCUCCGAAAGGCCCAUGUGUAUGUUGUUUCCCUCUAUGUGUCCAUGUUCUCAUCAUCUAUUAUAGUUCCCACUUAUAAGUGAGAACAUGUGGUAUUUGGUUUUCUGUUCCUGUAUUAGUUUGUUAAAGAUAAUGGCCUCUAGUUCCAUCCAUGUUCCUGCAAAGGACAUGAUCUUGUUCUUUUUUAUGGAGCAGAUAAAUAUUCAUUGUGUGGUGAUUAUAUGCUAGGCCCUGUGCUGGGUAUGAGAAUAUAGUGAUGAGCAAGAAAGCCAUGGUCUCAAAGUUCUGAUAUCCGGAAUCUACAAGCAAGUUAAACAAAUUUAUAAGAAAAAAAAAUCAUCAAAAAGUGGGCAAAGGACAUGAACAGAUACUUCUCAAAAAGACAUUUAUGUGGCCAAGAAACAUAUGAAAAAAGCGCAACAUCACUGAUCUUUAGAGAAAUGCAAAUCAAAACCACAGUGGAAUAUCAUCUCAUGCCAGCCAGAAUGGCGAUUAUUAAAAAGUCAAGAAACGAUAGAUGCUGGUGAGGCUGUGGAGAAAUAGGAACACUUUUACACUGUUAGUGGGACUCUAAAUUAGUUCAACCAUUGUGGAAGACAGUGUGGCAGUUCCUCAAGGAUCUAGAACCAGAAAUACCAUGUGAGCAAUCCCAUUACUAGGUAUAUACCCAAAGGAAUAUAAAUCAUUCUACUAUAAAGACACAUGGACACAUAUGUUGAAUGCAGCACUAUUUACAAUAGCGAAGACAUGGAACCAACUCAAAUGCCAUCAGUGACAGACUGGAUAAAGAAAAUGUGGUACAUAUACACCAUGGAAUACUAUGCAACCAAAAAAGGAAUGAGGUCAUGUCCUUUACAGGGACAUGGAUGAAACUGGAAGUCAUCAUCCUCAGCAAACUAACAUAGGAACAGAGGACCAAACACCACAUGUUCUCACCCAUAAGUGAGAGUUGAACAAUGAGAACACAUGGACACAGAGAGGGGAACAACACACACCAGGACUUGUUGGGGGGGUGGGAGGCAAGGGGGAGGGGAAGCAUUAGGACAAAUAGCUAAUGCAUAUGUGGCUUAAAACCUAGAUGAUGUGUUGAUAGGUACAGCAAACUACCAUGGCACAUGUAUACUUAUGUAAGAAACUUUCACAUUCUGCACACAUAUCCCAGAACUUGAAAUAAAACAAACAAACAAAAAGAAAGCCAUGGUCUCUAUCUCUGCUGGUCUGGCAGAAGACUCAGACAUUAUAUAAGCAGAUCCAAAAAGUGUUACAGGAGCCGGCUAUGGGGGCACUAACCUGGUUCAGGGGCUUGAGGAAUGUUUUCUGGAAGAAGCAACAUUUAAUCCAAGAUGUGGAAGAAAAGUAGAAGAUGAUGAUGUUCAUAAUGGUAAUAAGAUGUAAUGUUUAUUAAAAAGCUUACCAUGUACCAGGUACUUUUCUAAAUAUCUUAAUUGACUCAUUUAAUCUGCACAUAAUGUAAUAAGGUAGAUCCUAUUAAUAUCCCUGUUUUAGUAAAAGAGAGCUAAAAUAUAGAGAGGUCAAGCAGUUUUCCCAAAGUCACAUAGUAAGUGGAGGAGCACCUGGGCUUUGAACUGAAGUCUGUCUCCUCAAUUUCCUCUCUUAGCCACUAUGCUAAACGGCAUUGAUAAAUUAGAGAUGGGCAGGUGAGGGGUGUUGGAGGACAGGGGACUAUUUCAAGCAGUGAGAACACCUUGGGUGAAGACCUUGAGGAAACUGAGAACAUUUCAGGAAUUUUUUCUAAAAGAAGGUUAGGAGAGCUGGGGCUGAGAAUCCUGAGAGGAGAGAGGCAAUAGAUAAGAAUAGAGAAAUGUAGGCAGGGGGCCAGAUCCUACAGGCCCUUGAGUCUACAGUAAGAGUUUGUUUAUCCUAAGGACAGUGGGAAGUCGUUGAAAGAUUUUAAGCAGUAGAGUGUCAUGAUCAAGUUUGUACUUAGGACAGUUUACUCUGGCAUUUUGGAGAAUGGAUGUGGAGGUAGUAACUCAGGAGGUUGGGAGACCAGCAGGAGACUGGUGAUGGUAAACCAGGCGUUGGGUGGUGGUGGCUUGGAUUAAGGAAACUGAGACAGGGACUGGGAGAGGGAGUCAGACAAGAAAGAGAUAGGAGGUAAAGUUAUGGGCCCUUGUCAUAAACUUAUGGUUGUGGGGCUGAGGGAGACAGCAGAGUCCAAAAGGACUGUGAGGUGUCUGAGCUCUGGGCACUGACAUAAAACACUAAGAGAGAUCAGGCUUUGGGAAGAAAAUAAUGAGGUUGAUUUCUGACAGGUUCUAUGUGGAUAUCAGGCAGUCUUACUGUAGAUUCGCACCAAGCUGAGCCUAAGUCCUUUGGUCUAGCCAUCAUUUAAGUUGUUCUAAAUUAUAUGCUAUAUUUUAUAGUCUACAGAAAAGUGUGGUGCCUCAGCAAUGUAAUAGUUUAGGAAAAGGAAAAUGUUAUUUUUUAAUAAGUUGAGUGUAUUCCAUGUAGCACAUUGUGCUAUAGUUGGGUCAAUCCGUUUGCUAUUUUCUCUUUGGGCAGAAAGUAUAGUGGAAAGAACGGGUACAGGAUUAUCACAGGACCUGAGUUCAUAUCUCAUCUUCCCACCUUUGGCACUUAUUAGUGUGGAAUCUUUGAUCAGCUAUUCUGUUGUUUUCCAUCUAUCAAAUGUGUUCAAAAAUCCCCACUUUGUCUAAGAUAUUAAGAGUCUUUGGAAGCGUGGUAGAAAGUACAAAGCAUUAUGCACAUACAAGGCACUGGGCCUUUUCCCCUCUUCACCUUUCAAUUAGAAACCUAGAAAUAGAAUUGCCCUAUGAGUUGAUCAGCUUGUGUGAGGUUCACAUUGCUUCAAGAUUUAUUUUGGGGUCUGUUGCAACUUUGUUGUGAUCAACACCUGAGUCUCUUGAUGUGAUUAUCUAAUAUAUAUCAAUUUUACAACAUACCUAAAACAGAUUUUUUAAAGCAAUUUUUGUUAAUGUAAGCUUGUUUCUAAAUUAAAAGUUAAACUAAUGUAACCACUAAUUGUAUUUUAAAGAGAUGCCUUAAGCUUCAACUUUAUUUUUAACAUAUACAAAAGGUAUGUAUGGUUAGUUACUACAGUGGAUUAAAGAUAUAGUUAAAUUAUUGCUAGUGAAGUAUCAUUUCAACUAUGGUAUAAUUGGAAGACUUUCAUAGCUUGACAUAACUGUUUAAAGUCUCAUUAUUUUAUUAUAAGCAUUAUUAUAAGAGAUUAUUAUAAGUUCCUGUCAUUUCUCACUCAAUACCCCACUGUUCCCAUCUCAUGCUAAAAGAUAUUUAGAGUUCUUUUUCUUUAGCUUAAGGCUUUUUAUUAUUCUCUUUUUUCAUUUUUUCCUCUGGGGAAGUGAGAAAGGAAUGUUCUCAUUUUUAUUUAAGCUAGAUUCUGAUGAAUUAUGAUGUUAAUGAGAUAAUAGUACCUUUUAGAUAUCUGUAGCAAAAGUAUCAUCUUUGAAAUGAGGAAAUAUUUUCCAGAAUAUACUUUGAAUCAAUUUUUAAAAAAUACUAAGGAGUAUAUAUCCAAAUCUUCUAGUAAUUUUAGCUCCAAAAUAUGUACAUUUGAAAGUUGUGAAUUACUUUUUGUUUUUUUCAAAUUGUUUGUUAAUGUUACUGCAAAUGGAGACAUUUAUUUUUCUCUUCUCUUGUGUUCCUAUUUUAGUUUGGGUUCUCCCAAAAUCAGAUGUUGAGACACAGAUUCAAGUUCAGUUUAUUUGAAAGGUGAUCCCAAGAAACACCAGUAGGGAGGAGAUAGAGAAGGGAAUUCAGCCAAUUUGGCCAGAAAUCUAAUAAUACGAACAAAAAAUGGGCAGAAGAUUUGAAUAGACAUUUCUCAGGACAUACAAAUGACAAACAGGCAUAUGAAAAAGGUGCUCAACAUCACUGAUCAUCAGAGAAAUGCAAGUCAAAACCACAGUGAGAUAUCAUCUUACCCAGUUAUGGCUUAUAUCCACAGGACAUUAUCAAGCACUGUGGCCCACUGGAGCUUUAGCCCACACAAUAACUCUGGAGCUAGAGCAGAACUCAAGUUUCAGGUUUAUCUUAUCUGAGGGGCUGGGAAGUUUGGGUAUUUAUACACCAGUGGCCUUAGUCACUGGAUGAGGGCUGUUGAUGGGGAGGAGCAUGAGUUCCCUAGGACUUCUAGUCUACCGUGUACUUGGCAUUGCUGGCUUCAGCCACCAGAAAAAGUCCUAAUUUAUUUAUUUAUAUAUAUUUUUUAAUUUGUAAUUUUUGUGGGUACACAGUAGGUAUAUAUAUUUUUGGGGUACAUGAGAUAUUUUGAUACAGGCAUGCAAUGCGAAAUAAUCACAUCAUGAAGAAUGGGGUGUUCAUCCCCUCAACCUUUUAUCUUUUGAAUUACAAACAAAAAUGUACAAUUAAGUUAUUAUUGACUACAGUCGCCACAUUGUGCUGCUAUCAAAUGGUAGGUCUUAAUCAUUCUAUUUUUUUUUUAACCCAUUAACCAUCCGCACCUCCCUCCCAGCCCCCCACUACCCUUCCUAGCUUCUAGUAACCAUCCUUCUACUGUCUGUCCAUGAGUUCAAUUGUUUUGAGUUUUAGAGCCCAUAAGUAAGAGAACACACAAUGUUUGUCUUCUAUGCCUGACUUAUUUCACUUGAUACGUGAUCUCCAGUUCCAUCCAUGUUGUUGUAAAUGACUGGAUCUCAUUCUUUUUUAUGGCUGAAUAGAACUCCAUUGUGUAUGUGUACCACAUUUUCUUUAUCCAUUCAUCUGUCGACGGACACUUAGGUUGCUUCCAAAUCUUAGCUAUUGUAAACAGUGCUGCAGCAAACAUAAGAGUGCAGAUAUCUCUUAGAUAUAUUGAUUUCCUUUAUUUUGAGUAUAUACCCAGCAGUGGGAUUGCUGGAUCAAAUGGUAGCUCAAUUUUUAGUUUUCUGAGAAAGCUCCAAACUGUUCUCCAUAGUGGUUGUACUAAUUUACAUUCCCACCAACGGUGUACAGGGGUUCCUUUUUCUCCACAUCUUUGCCAGCAUUUGUUAUUGCCUGUCUUUUGGGAUAUAUGCCAUUUUAACUGGGAUGAGAUAAUAUCUCAUUGUAGUUUUGAUUUGCAUUUCUUUGAUGAUCAGUGAUGUUGAGCACCUUUUCAUAUGCCUGUUUGACAUUUGUAUGUCUUCUUUUGAGAAAUGUCUAUACACAUAUUCUGCCCAUUUUUUGAUCAGAUUAUUAGAUUUUUUCCUGUAGAGUUGUUUAGGCUCCUUAUAUAUUCUGGUUAUUAAUCCCUUAUCAGAUGGGUAGUUUGCAGAUAUUUUCUUCCAUUCUGUGGGUUGUCUCUUCACUUUGAUUGUAUCCUUUGCUGUGCAGAAGCUUUUUAAGUUGAUGUGAUCCCAUUUGUCCAUUUUUGCUUUAGUUGCCUGUGCUUGUAGGGUAUUGCUCAAGAACUUUUUGCCCAGACUAAUGUCCUUGAGAUUUUCUCUAAUGUUUUCUUGUGGUAGUUUCAUAGUUUGAGGUCUUAGACUUAAGUCUUUAAUACAUUUUGAUUUGAUUUUUGUAUAUGGCAAGAGAUAGGGGGUCUAGUUUCAUUUUUCUACAUAUAACUAUCCAGUUUUCCUAGCACCAUUUAUUCAAGAGACUGUCUUCAGUAUAUUCUUGGCACCUUUGUUGAAAAUGAGUUCACUGUAGGUGUGCAGAUUUGUUUCUGGAUUCUCUAUUGUGUUGCAUUGGUCAGUGUGUCUGCUUUUAUGCCCAUACCAUGCUGUUUUAGUUAUUAUACCUCUGUAGUAUAAUUUGAUGUCAGGUAAAGUGAUUCUUCCAGUUUUGUCCUUUUUGCUUAGGAUAGCUUUGACUUUUCUGGGUCUUUUGUGGUUCUGUAUAAAUUUUAGGAUUGUUUUUUCUAUUUCUGUGUAGAACAUUAUUGGUAUUUUGAUAGGGAUUACAUUGAAUUUGUAGAUUGCUUUGGGUAGUAUGGACAUUUUAACAAUAUCAAUUCUUCCAAUCCAUGAACAUGGAAUAUCUUCCAAUUUUUUGGUGUCCUCUUUAAUUUCUUUUAUCAGUGUUUUAUAGUUUUUAUUAUAGAGAUCUUUUACUUCUUCGGUUAAUUCCUAGGCAUUUAAUUUCAUGGGUAGCUAUUAUAAAGGGGAUUACUUUUUAAUUUCUUUUUCACAUUGUUCACUGUUGGCAUAUAGAAAUGCUACUUAUUUUCGUAUUUUGAUUUUGUGUCUGCAACUUUACUGAAUUUGUCUAUCAGUUCUAAUAUUAAUAGUUUUCUCAUGGAGUCCUUUGCUUUUUCCAAAUAUAAGAUUACAUCAUCUCCAAACAAGGAUAAUUUGACUUCUUCCUUUCCAAUUUGGAUGCCCAUUAUAUCUUUCUCUAAUCCAACUGCUCUAGCUAGGACUUCCAGUACUAUGUUGAAUAACAGUGGUGAAAGUCAGCAUCUUUGUCAUGUUCCAGAUCUUAGAGGAAAGGUUUUCAGUUUUUCCCCAUUCUGUAUGAUGCUGGCUGAGGGGCUGUUGAGGUAUGUUCCUGCUAUACCCAGUUUUUUGAAGGUUUUUAUCAUGAAGGGAUAUUUAAUUUUAUCAAAUGCUUUUUCAGCAUUAAUUCAUUUAAUUCAUUAAAUGAAUAUGUGGUUUUUAUCCUUUAUUCUGUUGAUAUGAUGUAUCGCAUUCAUUGAUUUGUGUAUGUUGAACCAUCCUUGCAUCCCAGGGAUAAAUCCCACUUGGUCACGGUGGAUGAUCUUUCUAAUGCAAGCUUGUCCAAUCUGCAGCCAAUGGGCCACAUGUGGCCCAGGAUGGCUUUGAAUUGUGGCCCAACACAAAUUUGUGAACUUUCUAAAACAUGAGAUUUUUUUUGCAAUUUUUUUUCUUUUCUUUUUUUUUUUUUUUUAGCUCAUCAGCUAUUGUUAAUGUUAGUGUAUUUUAUGUGUGGCCCAAGAUAAUUCUCUUUCCAGUUUGGCCCAGGGAAGCCAAAGGAUUGGACACCUCUGUUCUAAUGUAUCAUUGAAUUCUGUCUGCUAGUGUUUUGUAGAGAAUUUUUGCAUCAGUAUUCAUCAGAGAUAUUGGCCUGUAGUUUUCCUUUUUUUGUUGUUGUUUUUUUUGUUUGAUGUGCCUCUGUCUAGUUUUGGUAUCAAAGUAAUACUGGCCUCAUAGAAAGUGUUUGGAAGUAUUCCCUCCUCCUCUAUUUUUCAGAAUAGUUUGAGAAGGAUUGGUACUAGGUCAUUUUUAAAUAUUUCUAAUAGUAGAAUGAGAAUUAAACUUCUUUAAAUAUUCUAAUAGUAGAAUUCAGUAGUGAACCCAUCCAAUCCUGGGCUUUUCUUUAGUGGGAGACUUUUUAUUACAGCUUCUGUGUCAUUUCUUGUUAUUGGUCUGUUUAGGUUUUGGAUUUCUUUCUGGUUCUAUCUUGGUAGGUUGUAUGUGUCUAGGAAUUUGUCCAUUUCUUCUAGAUCUUCCAAUUUAUUGGCAUAUAGUUACUCAUAGUAGCCACUUAUGAUUCUUAGAAUUUCUGCAGUAUCGUUUGUAAUGUUUCCUUUAUCAUUUUUUAUUUGUAUCUUUCUUUUUUUGCUUAAUUAGUCUGGCUAAAGGUUUAUUAGUUUUAACUUUAAAAAAAGAACAACUUUUUGUCUCAUUGAUCUUUUGUAUUUUUUUUCCAUUUCCAUUUCAUUUAUUUCUGCUCUGAUCCUUAUUUUUUAUUUUCUUCUACUAAUUUUGGGUUUGGUUUGCUCUUGCUUUUCUAGUUCUUUAAGAUGCAUUGUUAGAUAGUUUAUUUGAAGUUUUUCCUCAUUUUUGAUGUUGGCACAAAGUCCUUGGGCAAAGAGAUGCAUUUGGAAUGUGCUCCCCAGUGGUAUGGUCAGAGGAGAUAUGGGCAAGGCACCACUAGCUUAGCUGUAAUUCCCAUCACAAUAUUUGCAUUAGAUUUCAUUUUCUUUAAGCAAAGCAACAAAGUAAGCCUGACGAAAAGGUAGAAAAGGACUUAAUUCCAGGAGAUAAUUUUAAAAAUAUAGUAGAUUAGAGGCAUAAGUUGAUGUAUUUGAUGUAUACUUUCUUUGUGAGUAAAGUUUCUGCAACCUCUCAGGGUAGUUGAUGAAUACCUGUUUUAGGUAUUUUCAGUAAAUAAAAAUGACUGCUGACUAAAUACUGAACGAACCUUGUAGGUUUGUGUUUGUGAUAAAGUAUGAAUUAAUCUCUUGUUUAUAGUUUAAUUCUCAUCUACUGAAUGGGAGAUGAUUUCCACAUGGUCUCCUCAGUACAGGGUGACUGCAACACUUGGGGAAGAUGUGGCAGAUACAGUUGGUUGCUUGUUGACAGAAUCCCACAUUUGCAUAGGUACUGUAUAAUCAUAUGCUUCAGGAAAAGUUGACCAAUCUUGAUUAGCUUAAGCUUAUUUUGAUUUCUUUCCUCUUGCUAGUGGUUGGUUUAGGAGCAUGCAUAUCGCAGUUCUGGACAAUGAGAUAUGAGAGGAGAUUUACUGGAGGGAGAGAUUCUGAGAAGGCUUUCCGAGCCUUAAGAAGAGGUAGAAGAAAGGGUGUUAUUAUGUGAGGAUGGGAUGGAUACCUGUGGCCACCUUGAAGACCAGACAGAAUAAACUGGGGAAAGAAUCAACACACUGAGGAUCACAGAGAAGAAAGAUGGAAAGCUUCUGGGACCUUGAUGCUAUCCCUGACCCACUCAGUUUGCCCACUCUGGAAGUACCUGAAUGUUUCCUGUUAUUUUGAGAUAAAAAUUCCAUUUUUUAAGGAUAUUUCUGUCAGUUUCAGCUGAAAGCAUCCUAAGCUACAGAUUCAGUAGAAAAGGAGGGAAAUUUUCUUGUUUCAAAUGAAAUUUUAUAAUUGAUUUAAAGUCCAAUGGGUUUUGGGUGAACUUAAUUUAUUGCUAUUCAUUUGAAUACAGACAUGGAUGAAAGGAAAAGACUUUUGUAUGGGAUAUGGUUGCAAGUCUUACUGAAUAAAUAAAGUCUCAUUCCUGAUUAUGCCGGUUAUUGAGUUCUUGUCCAUAUCAGGUAGUUAAAUUAUUUUAGUGCCCAGGUUUAUACUUUAUAAAACCAAAGUGUAGAGGUAUGUGGGAAUUGUCUUAUUACCAUUAUUCUUUGAGAACUAUUAACAAAUGAUUCAGGAAUAUUGGAUUUUCAAUUAACUUGAAGUAAGUUUCUUGGGAUGAUCUGCUUUUAGUUACUCUAAAUAUUUUUAGCAAGUACCUGGUAAUCUGGGAGACUGUGGCCCAAAGUAGUUCAACUGAAUUUGAAAAGGAUCAGGACUGGCUAUGAAGUGAGGCUGAGUGGGUACAUCUAUAUGUGGAUACGUUACUGUCCUUUGUGCAUAUUUCUUUCUAAUUACGUUCCAAAUCCAAUAAGAAGUCAAUUGUAUUCAUCAUCCUGGGGGUAUCAUCUUAACUCUGCCAUUUUUCCAUAUUAAUGUAUUAAGUAUAAAGGUUGUGAAAUCCAUUUUAGAUGCUCCUGGUUUGGGAAGUAUAAGGUUACAGAUUCAAUGGCAUUUAAAUUUCUUUUUUUCCUCUCUCCUCUUUUUUUUUUUUUUUUUUUUUGAGAUAGGGUCUUGCUCUGUCACCCAGGCUGGAAUGCAGUGACAUGCUCACUGCAGUCUUGACCUCCCCAGCUCAAAUAAUCCUUCCCACCUCAGCCUCUCUAGUAGCUGGAACUGCAGGUGUAUACCAUCUUUCCCAGUUAAUUUUUGUAUUUUUUGUAGAGACAGGGUUUCACUAUAUUGCCUAGGCUGGUAGAUUUCUUUAUUUUUAAAAUAGAAAUGGUGGGGAAAUGUACCAUCCGGGUCACUUAAAAGCUGGAGCAAAGAUGUAUGGAACUCAGGGACAUGGACUCUACUUUGCAUCCCUGGUGGGGUGGGGGUGUGUCCUUACUGAUGUAGACUUUAAGAACCAGGAGAGCCUGAUGUGUGUGUAUAAAUAUGGCUUUAAAAAAGAAGACAGAGAUUGUUUAUCUUUAAUAGCAGUAAUAUAAGGCCGAAGUCUAAAAGGACUCUAGGAUAAUAAGAAAUGAAUCCUCAGGCUGGCAUGAUGGCUCAUGCCUCUAAUCUCAGCACUUUGGGAGGCCGAGGUGGGCAGAUCACUUGAGGUCAGGAGUUCGAGACCAGCCUGGCCAAGAUAGUGAAACCCCGUCUCUAUUAAAAAUACAAAAAUUAGCCGUCAUGAGGAUGCACGCUUUUAAUCCCAGCUACUUGGGAGGCUGAGGUAGAAGCACUGCUUGAACCUGGAAGGUGGAGGCUGCAGUGAGCCAAGAUCACAUCACUGCACUCUAGCCUGGGCAACAGAGUGAGACUCUGUAUCAAAACAGAAAAAAGACCUCAGUCUGUGAAGACUUUGGUCAUACACUAUUGCUUGGGGUUUAAGGGAAGCUGCCUUUUUGGUUGGGGGUAUCCUUUCUGAUAAAAGAGAUUCAGUAACUUAGUCAAGCUUUGCUCUGUGAAUGAAGGGGUGUGUGUGUGUGUGUGUGUGUGUGUGUGUAUGUGUGUGUGUGUUGUGGGGGGUGGGUGUGCAUUCUUUUCCUGCCUUCUAGUUUUAUAGGAGAAAUACUCAUUGGGUCUUGGAAAGACGACGCUUCCUGUGUUUAAGGUACAGUAUUAUGCUGACUAGUAAAAUAAUCUUAAUUCUUUGAUAAUGGGCCAAAGGCAAGUACAAGAUGAAUAGGAAAGCUAUUAUUACAGGUUUUAAUUUUGAAAAUUUUAUGCCUCUUUUUCUAUUUUUUGUUAUAUUUUUAUAUUACUGUCAUUUCUGCCCCUUAUUUGGUACUGAUGCCUCAUAUCAGGGAUAUGACAUAUACCAUAGAUAUAUCAUCAAGAGUAAGAUAUAACAUCAGAGAAGUUAUAUCGUCUAUUCUUAGGUUCUCUCCAUACCCCAUAGUUAUUCUUUUAUUUAACUGAUUCAAUAAAUUAAUUGAUCACCACUGGUAUGUCAGACGCUUUGCAAUGCCUAGGGGCGUAGCAGUGAACAAAAUGGGCAAAGUCUUUGCUCUCAUGGAGCCUGCAUUUUAAUGAGGAAAGAUGGACAAUAAGCAGACAUUUGGUAAGUUUGGUGGUGAAACGUACUAAGAAGAAAAAUAAAGUAGAUGAUAGAAUAAUAGAGGAGGAUAGAGAGGAAGUUUGUAUCCCUGCUUCUUUGCAUAGGAUGAUGGUUAGGGAAGAUUUUCUUGAUACGUUGACAUUUAGACUGAGACCUGAAUGGAAUUUCUUUACUCCACUCCAACCAUACUGGCCUCUUUGCCAUUCCUUGUGUAUUUACAGCACAAACUUUGUACUAAUUUAUCCCUUUGCCUAGAAUACUCUUCUGAGAGAUAGUCACAAUUUAAAUAAGUAGGGAAAAGGAUUGGGAGUUAUCAGUUGUGUUACCAGGCAAAUGGAAUUCCGUCUUCUAUUAGAAGUGCAGAGGAUGGGUCUGGCAGCCAUUGAAUUGUGUAGAAUUAUGGUUUCUUUAGUGAAUCACUUCUAAAAUAACAUGCAUAAUUUGUUUAAAUAUACAUGAUGUUUAGGAUAAUUUUUUUGAAGACUUAAUUAAUCUCACCUGUUAUUUUUCCCGCAUUUGUUACUUUACAAAAAUUAAAGUGGACUAUCUAACAAAAAACUAAGUUGUCUUGGUCAGUUUGGGCUGCUGUGACAGAAUACUAUAGACUAGAUGGCUGAAACAAAACAAAUUUAUUUCUAAAAAUUCUGGAGGCUGGGAAGUCCAAGAUCAAGGCUUCUGAUGUCAGGUGAGGGAUUUUUCCUGGUUUGCAGAUGGCUGUCUUUCAUUGUAUCUUCACAUGCUCGUGUCUUUUUUUGUAAGGGCAUUAAUCCCAUUAAUAAUUACCUCCCAAAGGCCCCACCCGCAGAUACCAUCACAUUGGGGAUUUAAGCUUCAACAUAUGAAUUUGGGGGGAUGCAAACAUUCAGUCCCAGAGCAUAAGUUAUAAUAUUUUGUCAGUUGACCUAAUAAAUCAUGAUAUCCUGGGUAACAGCAUAGAGGUAAUCACAUUACUUUUAACACAAAUAAAAGCUUGGAAAGCUUUUUGGUAAGCUGAAGAGGAAUAACAGUUUUAUUCUAAUGCAAUUUUUAAAACAACAAUAGGCUAUUGUUUUACACAUCUCUCUGAAAACUAUACAUUUAUUGACUUUAUCUAGAAGGGCAGUAACUAUUUAUCUCUUUAUUAAUCUUUCUCCUAAACAUACUGAAAAUAUUUUGCAGUACACCCUUAGGACUUAUUAGGUUUAUAAAGAAAAGGCAGCUGUGAAUGAAAUGCUGAAUUGCAUCCCCCAUUGGAUCAACUCUAAAAUAAUUAUGCAAAAAAUAAGAAUAACCCCAUUUUUGCUGAACAUAUAAAUUUUAUCAUUGCAAAAGAACUGAAUAGUUCAACACCACAUUCUCAUGGAGAUGUCUUACUGGGACCGCAGUAGUUGGGUGUACUAUUGUUGAAAAAGAUAAUUUCUAUUUGUAUGUAGGUUACUCUGUGCCUAAAAUGGAUCAUUUCUACCAUCGUAUUUUAUCUUCCUUGUUUUCUACCUCAUCUUUUAUUUAUACUUCAUAGAUCAUGAUAUUUGGAGCAUAUUUGGCUAUUAGCCAAUUAGUGAUUAUCUUUUAUAAUGGUUUUCAAGGAUAACAGAGAUAAAUUCCAAAAUAUUACUGAAACAUCAUUCCCAAUAGCAACUAUAACCUUCUUCUCGCCCAUGCUUUUUCUGGAACUAUAGAACAGACCAAAUGAGAGUUCACCUUUUUUUUGUUUUUAAGCUAACUGUGCCCUCCAGUGGAGAAAACACAGGGCAGUGAAAUAGCUCAGGUAAGAAGCAGCAGAGAGGAGAGGAUGUAACACAGCCAGGUAAAGUUCAAGCUGCAUAGCUGUUUUCUACAUAAAAGAAAGAAAUUGUUUUCACCCCUCAUAAGCAAGACUUUUUUUUUUUUCUUUUUUUGAGACAGAGCCUUGGUCUGUCGCCCAGGCUGGAGUGCAGUGGCAUGAUCUUGGCUCACUGCAACCUCUGCCUCCCAGGUUCAAGUGAUUCUCCUGCCUCAGCCUCCCGAGUAGCGGGGAUUACAGGCGCGCACCACCACACCUGGCUAAGUUUUGUAAUUUUAGUAGAGACAGGGUUUUGCCAUGUUGGCCAGGCUGGUUGCAAACUCCUGACCUCAGGUGAUCCGCCUGCCUUGGCCUCCCAAAGUGUUGAGAUUACAGGCGUGAGCCACUGCACCUGGCCCAUAAGCAAGACUAUUAUGCAUAAGUCCUCCUCUUGAUGAAUUUGUUGAUGAAUCAAAGAAGGAUAUAUUAUCAUUUCUCUGACUUAAUGUCUUUGAUGCAAUGCUUUUCAGCCUUUUGUCCUCUUUGGUAGGAUGUAUUCAGUUUUUGACACAUUAGGCAAGUGUAACAGGAGGUGAGUAAUUGGAUUUUUUUCUCCCCUAGAAUGAACUCAAAUGAUAACUUUUAAUUUUUUAAAUUUUUUGAACAGAUGAAAGAAAACCUUAAAUUAAGUAGAUAUAAACAAGAAACAUUUUGCUGCUACUUGUAUAUUCAAAUCAUUCAGAAAACUAUGAAUUGACUAUGACUCCCCCUUUUUUGAAUAGAAAAGGGAGAGAGUUGACCUGACCUCUGUGGCUUGGCCUGAACUUGAUCUCUUGGUGAACACUGGGCUUCAUCAGUGUGAAUGGUGACUAUGUGUGACUGAGCACCUGUGAGGGUUACAGAGGCACGUGUUCAGAACAUGGGCUGGUAUGUGUGCAACUCUGGGCUGGGGAAUGGAGCCAGGUUUAGGGGAUGCUAGACUGCCUGUGUUUCUGCCUUUCCAGGGAGGGAGAACUAGGUAACUAAGUUGAAGCUGAAAUGUUAAAGGAGGCUUGAUGGUUUUGUGUUGGUGGAAAUUGGGAGAUACGUUUCCCUAAAAGAAUAUAGUGGGUGAUAGUUGAGAAACAGUAAACAGAGGCUUUCUUUUUCUUAACUCUUAUAAAACCCUGAGCCAACUAUCCUUACAAUGAGUUGUCAUUUGAAGUUUUCUACAUACUCAAGAAAUAUGUUUCCUUCUUUAUCUUAUUUUAAUGGAGCGUAUCUUCUGCAAACCUUUUUACAGUUAGAGUGAUUCUUAAAAUGUAGGCACAUACAGGACAAUUAGACAUAAAAAGACUUGACUUACAGAUUUUAAAGCAGGGAUCCUUGCAUGGUAGACUUUCAAAAUGAUAGUAUCUUUUACUUGAACCAUCUUUUGCAAAGUAACAUAAAUAUCUCAGAGACACUGCCAGAGUGAACUCACUUUUAGAAAAAGCAGGAUAUGUAAACUUUUAGUGAUAAAUUUUGAAAUUCUUGAGGGGAAAUGAUAUGUGAUUUAAGUUCCUUAAAAAUAAUUUAUCUUUAUUUUAUUUUUAUUUUAAAUAAUGAAUUAUGUUUUAAGAUCUGAUUCAUUCUGAACUAUAACUGACUCUAGAGGGUGCUUAAUGAGCACUGAAGACUUCCUAAAGAUUUAUAUUGAAGAUGAUUUUUAUUAAAAUGAAGUUUAUUUGGGGUUUUAAUCCAGUAUUUGAAAAUAAACCAUAUUUUGCCCUCCCAAGAGAGCCUAGAGCAAAAAUACUUGGUUGUCAGUAUUUUUUUGUUUUUUUGAGAUGGAGUCUUGCUCUGUUGCCCAGACUGGAGUACAGUGGCACGAUCUCAGCUCACUGCAACCUCCACCUCCUGGGUUCAAGUGAUUCUCCUGCCUCAGCCUCCCGAAUAGGUGGGACAACAGGUGCAUGCGCCACCACGCCUGGCUAAUUUUUGUAUUUUUAGUAGAGAUAGGGUUUCACUAUGUUGGCCAGGCUGGUCUCGAACUCCUGACCUCAAGUGAUCCACCCACCUUAGGCUCCCAAAGUGCUGGGAUUACAGGCAUGAGCCACCGUACCUGGCCUAGCUGUCAUUCUUUUUAAAGUAGGUAAAUAAUUUACCAUUGUUCUUAGAAACUCUUUGAAAAUUCCAUUGAAUUUGUGGGAUUUCUAUAAACUACCUUUGAAUCAUGCUUUUGAAAGCUUGUUUAAUAUUUCAAAAGAGAAGAACCUACUUCAUGCAUGUAAAAUAUAAAUCUUAGUACUGGAUUAGUGUAUCAUUUUAUAAAUUUAGUUGUUUGCACAGAUAUUUAUUUUAUCUUUAGAAACAAGCUAUUCAAAAAGCACAUUCUAAAGUUAGAUUUUACAGAACUAACAUUUAGGUUUUAGAGUAAUGUAUGCUUCUUAUAUUUUUAGCAGGUAGAGUACUUUUAAAACUAUAGUGUGUUUUUUUGUUUGCUUGGUUGGUUGGUUUUUUUUUUUUUUUUUGAGACAGGGUCUUGCUCUGUUGCCCAGGCUAGAGUGCAGUGGUACAAUCACGGCUUACUGUAGCAUCAGCCUCCCGGGCUUAAGUGAUCCUCCCACCUCAGCCUCCCAAGUAGCUGCGGCUACACAUGUGUACUACCACACCUGACUAAUUUUUAUAUUUUGAGUAGAGACGGGUUUUUGCCUUGUUGCCCAGGUUGGUCUCAAACUCCUGGGCCCAAUUGAUUUGUACACCUUGGCCUCCCAAAGUGCUAGGAUUACAGGCAUGAGCCACCACACCCGGCCUACAGUGUGAUGUAUUAAUUUGAAGAAAAUUUUCAGACUUUUCAGAUGGGAAAGCUUUUAGAAAAUUGCUGUCUUAACCCAAACUUCAAAGAUGGUGAUGAUAAAGAUAUACAUUGUAAAGCAAAAAUAAAAUUUGAAGGGCCCCCCAGCCCCCUGCAGCCAUCUGAAUGGACUCCCUCAUCAGCAAGGGCACUGUAAAAUUUAACCUGAAAGACUGACUCAGGCCAUGAAGUAGGGGUUGGACAUGCCUCAUUAUACCCCUCCAGCAUUAACAUCAACACAGACCUUAAGUCUGAUAAGAAACAUUUACAAUCUAUUUUCUCUGAAGCCUGCUACUUGGAGGCUUUGUCUGUAUAAUAAAACCUUGGUCUCAGCCUGGCGCAGUGGCUCAUGCCUCUAAUCCCAGCACUUUGGGAGGCGGAGGCGGGCAGAUCACGAGGUCAGGAGAUCAAGACCAUCCUGGCCAACAUGGUGAAACCCCGUCUCUACUAAAAAUACAAAAAUUAGCUGGGCAUGGUGGCGUGUGCCUGUAGUCCCAGCUACUCAGGAGGCUGAGGCAGGAGAAUUGCUUGAACCAGGGAGGAGGAGGUUGUAGUGAGCUGAGAUGUUGCCACUGCACUCCAGCCUGGCGACAGAGUGAGACUCUGUCUCAAAAAAUGAAGAAACAACCAAAAAGCUUGGUCUCCACAACCCCUUAUCUUAACCCAGAGAUUUUUUUUUCUACUGAUAAUAACUCUUUCAACCAAUUGCCAAUCAGAAUAUGUUUAAAUCUACCUAUGACCUAGAAGCCCCUCCCCUGCACUGAGUUUUCCUGCCCUUCCAGAUCUAACCAACGUAAAUCUUACGUGUAUUGGUUGGUGUAUAUAUCUUCCCUAAGAUGUAUAAAAGCAAGCUGUACCCCAACUAUCUUGGGGUACAGCUUCUGAGGCUGUGUCACGGGUGCGUCCUUAACGUUGGCAAAAUUAACUUUCUAAACUGACUGAGACCUCUCUCAGAUUUUGAGUUCACAACGUUUACAAAAGGUCUGUGUUAUAGUGAGAAAACUUUGCUAAACAAAAUGAGUUAUCCUUAAUUGGAGUAUUAGUCAUUGCAAAGAAUGAAUGUUAAUGUAAACUUUUACAUGAUGUCAGCCUAUGAAAAAGUGAUGUGUUUCCAUACUACCCGUUUGUUUAACAUUUCUUCAGAAAUAUCACACUGUUUUCAUUACUGCAGGCAGAGAAUCAUAUUAGAAAAAUUCAGUAAUUUGAUGUGAAACCUAUGUUUUACUCAUUGAAGGCACUGUUAUCCAACAGAACUUUUUAUGAUAAUGGAAAUAUUCUGUAUCUACACUGUACAAUUUGGUAGUCACCAGCUUUUUUAAAUUUUUUUGUUAUACUUUAAGUUCUAGGGUACAUGUGCACAACGUGCAGGUUUGUUGCAUAUGUAUACAUGUGCCAUGUUGGUGUGCUACACCCAUUAACUUGUUAUUUACAUUAGGUAUAUCUCCUAAUGCUAUCUCUCCCCCUCCCCCCACCCUACAACAGGCCCCAGUGUGUGAUGUUCCCCUUCCUGUGUCCAAGUGUUCUCAUUGUUCAAUUCCCACCUAUGAGUGAGAACAUGUGGUGUUUUGUUUUUUGUCUUUGCGAUAGUUUGCUGAGAAUGAUGGUUUCCAGCUUCAUCCAUGUCCCUACAAAGGACAUGAACUCAUCCUUUUUUAUGGCUGCAUAGUAUUCCAUGGUGUAUAUGUGCCACAUUUUCUUAAUCUAGUCUAUCAUUGUUGGACAUUUGGGUUGGUUCCAAGUCUUUGCUAUUGUGAAUAGUGCUGCAGUAAACAUACGUGUGCAUGUAUCUUUAUAGCAGCAUGAUUUGUAAUCCUUUGGGUAUAUCCAGUUAUGGGAUGGCUGGGUCAAAUGGUAUUUCUAGUUCUAGAUCCCUGAGGAAUUGCCACACUGUCUUCCACAAUGGUUGAACUAGUUUACCGUCCCACCAACAGUGUGAAAGUGUUCCUAUUUCUCCACAUCCUCUCCAGCACCUGUUGUUUCCUGACUUUUUAAUGAUCGCCAUUCUAACUGGUGUGAGAUGGUAUCUCAUUGUGGUUUUGAUUUGCAUUUCUCUGAUGGCUUGUGAUGAUGAGCAUUUUUUCAUGUGCCUGUUGGCUGCGUAAAUGUCUUCUUUUGAGAAGUGUCUGUUCAUAUCCUUCACCCACUUGUUGAUGGGGUUGCUUUUUUCUUUUAUAUUUGUUAGAGUUCUUUGUAGAUUCUGGACAUUAGCCCUUUGUCAGAUGAGCAGAUUGCAAAAAUUUUCUCCCAUUCUGUAGGUUGCCUGUUCACUCUGAUGGUAGUUUCUUUUGCUGUGCAGAAGCUCUUUAGUUUAAUUAGAUCCCAUUUGUCAAUUUUGGCUUUUGUUGCCAUUGCUUUUUGUGUUUUAGACAUGAAGUCCUUGCCCAUGCCUAUGUCCUGAAUGGUAUUGCCUAGGUUUUCUUCUAGGGUUUUUAUAGUUUUAGGUCUAACAUUUAAGUCUUUAAUCCAUCUUGAAUUAAUUUUUGUAUAAGAUGUAAGGAAGGGAUCCAGUUUCAGCUUUCUACAUAUGGCUAGCCAGUUUUCCCAGCAUCAUUUAUUAAAUAGGAAAUCCUUUCCCCAUUUCUUGAUUUUGUCAGGUUUGUCAAAGAUCAGAUAGUUGUAGAUGUGUGGUAUUAUUUCUGGGGGUUCUGUUCUGUUCCAUUGGUCUAUAUCUCUGUUUUGGUACCAGUAUCAUGCUGUUUUUGUUACUGUAGCCUUGUAGUGUAGUUUGAAGUCAGGUAGCGUGAUGCCUCCAGCUUUGUUCUUUUGGCUUAGGAUUGACUUGGCAAUGCGGGCUCUUUUUUGGUUCCAUAUGAACUUUAAAGUAGUUGUUUCCAAUUCUGUGAAGAAAGUCAUUGGUAGCUUGAUGGGGAUGGCAUUGAAUCUAUAAAUUACCUUGGGCAGAAUGGCCAUUUUCAUGAUAUUGAUUCUUCCUAUCCAUGAGCAUGGAACGUUCUUCCAUUUGUUUGUAUCCUCUUUUAUUUCGUUGAGCAGUGGUUUGUAGUUCUCCUUGAAGAGGUCCUUCACGUCCCUUGUAAGUUGGAUUCCUAGGUAUUUUAUUCUCUUUGAAGCAAUUGUGAAUGGGAGUUCAGUCAUGAUUUGGCUGUCUGUUUGUCUGUUAUUGGUGUAUAAGAAUGCUUGUGAUUUUUGCACAUUGAUUUUGUAUCCUGAGACUUUGCUGAAGUUGCUUAUCAGCUUAAGGAGAUUUUGGGCUGAGACGAUGGGGUUUUCUAGAUACACAAUCAUGUCAUCUGCAGACAGGGACAAUUUGACUUCCUCUUUUCCUAAUUGAAUACUCUUUAUUUCUUUCUCCUGCUUGAUUGCCCUCACCAGAACUUCCAACACUAUGUUGAAUAGGAGUGGUGAGAGAGGGCAUCCCUGUCUUGUGCCAGUUUUCAAAGGAAAUGCUUCCAGUUUUUGCCCAUUCAGUAUGAUAUUGGCUGUGGGUUUGUCAUAAAUAGCUCUUAUUAUUUUGAGAUACGUCCCAUCAAUACCUAAUUUAUUGAGAGUUUUUAGCAUGAAGGGCUGUUGAAUUUUGUCAAACGCCUUUUCUGCAUCUAUUGAGAUAAUCAUGUGGUUUUUGUCUUUGGUUCUGUUUAUAUGCUGGAUUACGUUUAUUGAUUUGGGUAUGUUGAACCAGCCUUGCAUCCCAGGGAUGAAGCCCACUUGAUCAUGGUAGAUAAGCUUUUUGAUGUGCUGCUGGAUUUGGUUUGCCAGUAUUUUAUUGAGGAUUUUUGCAUCAAUGUUCAUCUGGGAUAUUGGUCUAAAAUUCUCUUUUUUUGUUGUGUCUCUGUCAGCCUUUGGUAUCAGGAUGAUGCUGGCCUCAUAAAAUGAGUUAGGGAGGAUUUCCUCUUUUUCUAUUGAUUGGAAUAGUUUCAGAAGGAAUGGUACCAGCUUCUCCUUGUACCUCUCGUAGAAUUUGGCUGUGAAUCCGUCUAGUCACCAGCUAUUGAGAGCUUGGAAUGUGGCCAGUGUGACUGACGAACUGAAUUUUUAAUUUUGUUUCAUUUUAAUUAAAAAUUAAAUUAAUAGCAAUGUGUAUCUAGUGGCUACCCUGUUGGACUGCAUUGAUUUUAAGUCCUCCUGCUAGGUGAUAGGUGUAACUGGGAUUGAAUUAUGACUCUGAUGGUGCAUAUGUGUAUCUGUUUAGUCCUUUGAACUUUUAUAAUCCUGCCUGAGGUACUAUAACAUGCAAGCACCUUGUUUUCAAAUAGCCACAUUUAUGUGAAAAGAAGAGGAAUUGUGUUCUGAAAACUAAGUUAGGUUUAGGUUAAACCUGAAACUUAACUUAAUUUAAAAAAUCCUCUGACUUUUUAACAAACCCAUAGAUUAAAUUGCAUUUGCCCUUUGGAUGUGUCUCAAACCCUGAAGGUUUUCUUCUGUGCUUUUGAGUUAAAAUGCAGAUAGCAUAUAACAGGUGACUGCAAAAUGGAGGGACUGAUGAAAACAAAACAAAAGCAACCACAAACCAGAGCUUAUAUCUACUGUGUAGGAAUUUUGUUUGAAAGUUGGUAUGCUUUUCUGAAUGUCCUUAAGUAUAACAAGUCUUCCUACUCUGAGGGUAAACUUGGGUAUUAUAAAGAGGCAAUUUGUGCUUACGUCUGGUAAAUAAUGAUAAAAUACUUGAGUAAUACUUUAUAAUUUGCCAGGCAGUUGCGAUUUCAUCUUCUCCUUGGAAUAUUAACCCCAUUCUACCGACAAGAGAACCAUGAUUUAAUCAAGGUUCUCAUUCAUUUCGCAAACACUUAUUGAUCACUUACUAUUGAUCACCUUGCUAUUCAUGUAGAUUUCUAUGUUAGGAAUGAAAGAAUAGUUCCUCUCCUGGAGGAAUUAACAAUCUAGUUGGGACAAUUAAACAAAGAAACAAUAAAUUAUACUGUACUCAACAGGAUGAGAUAUAUAUAUUGUAUUAUAUAUUAUAUAUAUUAUACAUAUAUAUAUAUAUAAAAUAUAUAUGUGCAUAGGAUGCAGUGGAAGAAGAAGGAGAAACAUCUGGCAUGGUGGUGAGACCUGAGGGAGUCAGGAGUUUCCCAGGUGAAGGAGGCAGGGGAAAGGUGCCCCAGAAGAGGAUAUGUCAGGAGUAAAGGUGUGAAGGUGCUAGUGUUCUAAAUCAGAAUAAAUUUAGUAAAUAGAAGGUACCUGAAUAUUCACAUGCACAAAAUUUACUAGCACUCUUAUAUCAUUUUGACCUUGCUUUUUUUCUAGCUCAGUCUGAAGAAAAGCUGGGCUAAAAAUAGCUCCUGGUACAGUGAUAAAGCAUCCAAGUAACGAUUUCAAGGAGAAAGUUAAGACUAGAUUUAGUUAUUUGGCAAACACUAACUUACAAUAUUGAUGUGCUAAUAAGAAAUCAUCUUACUUAUUAAAGCAGAUCCUUAGAGGCCUGUUUUUGUUCCUCUUACUGGAAUAUCAAUUCCAUGAGGACUUUAAUUCACUGUUUUCUCAGGGCCUAGAACAGUACCUGACAUAUAUUAGAAGCUCAGUAAAUAUUUGGUAUAUGAAGGAAUGAAUCCUAGGCUAUUAUGCUAAAAGUCACUGUGAAUGCUUAAACCAUAUUAGAAAUGUAUUUUUUAAAAAUUCAAGAAUUCAUUCAUUUCCAUUAUUCAGACUAGCCUUUUCUCCAGUGUCUGAGAUACCUAUUGCUACAUAACAAACUAUCCUAAAACUUAGUGAUUAAAAAAAAUUACUGCUUAUGAUUUUGUGGAUCCGGAGUUUGGGCAGGGCUUAUUGGAGACAACUUUUUUCUAUUCCACGUGGUAUUGGCUGGGGGUAGAGGGUUCACGAUGGCCUCACCUCCAUGUCUGGGGCCUUGAUACUAGUUGUUACCAAGGAAGCCUCAGUUUUCUUCCAUGUGGUCUCUCAUUAUUUACUAGACUAGGUCGAGCUUCCUUACAUGGUACUGAGAUUGUUCCAAGGUGAAAACAGAAGUUGUAAGAUAUCUUAAGGCCUUGAUCUGAAAGUUAUACACUGUCAGUUAUGCCACAUUCUUCUUCUUCUUUUUUUUUUUUUUUUGAGACAGAGUCUGGCUCUGUCGCCCAGGCUGGAGUGCAGUGGCACCAUCUUGGCUCAUUGCAACCUCCACGUCCUGGGUUUAAGCAAUUCUCAUACCUCAGCCUCCCAAGAAGCUGGGAUUACAGGCAUGUGCCACCAUACCCAGCUCAUUUUUAUAUUUUUAGUAGAGAUGGAAUUUCGCCAUGUUGCUCAGGCUGGUCUCAAACUCCUGGCCUCAAGCAAUCCACCCGCCUUGGCCUCCCGAAGUGUUGGGAUUACAGGCAUGAGCCACUGCACCUGGCCAGUUCUACCAAAUUAUGUUGGUCAAAGCAAGUCACAGGACCAGCUCAGAUUUAAGUGGAAGGGAAAAGAUUCUACUUUUUGAUUGGAGAAUGUCAAGUUCCUAUAGCGAAGUGGCAUGAGAUGGAAGGUAUUGUUGCAGCUGUCUUUGGAAAUAGUGUGCUACAGUCUGCCCUCUGAACAUAUCAAUUCACAUUUCUUCCACGUGCAGAAUAUACUUACUCCUCUCUUAGAAGUCUUAUCCCAUUAUGGCAUCAACCUGGAGUCCAGUAUCUUUUCAUCCAACUAAAGUCCAGAUGCAUAUGAGAUUUCUUAGGCACAGCUGCUCCAGUACAGCUUCUUUAGAUCUAGAAAUCUGUGAAUGAAAAUAUAAGUUACCUGCCUCUGUCUCCCAUCCCCCAUCCAACAUACAGUGGUGAGACAGGGGCAAGAAAACUGUAGUAGAUGCUCUCAUUUAAAAAGAGGAAGAAUUGGAAGCACUGUUCCAUAGCAAUUUUGAAAUUCAUCUGGGCACAUGUUACUAAGUCUCUUACCCCAUGUAUCAAAAAUAUACCUUGAAUAGCCUUUUCACAAGAUGGCGCCGAAAGCAAAGAAGGAAGCUCCUGCCCCUUCUAAAGCUGAAGCCAAAGCAAAGGCUUUAAAGGCCAAGAAGGCAGUGUUGAAAGGCGUUCACAGCCACAAAAAAAAGAAGACCCGCACGUCACCCGCCUUCUGGUGGCCCAAGACACCACGACUCCGGAAGCAGCCCAAAUAUCCUCGGAAAAGCACCCCCAGGAGAAACAAGCUUGACCACUAUGCUGUCAUCAAGUUUCCAUUGACCACUGAGUCUGCCGUGAAGAAGAUAGAAGACAACAACACACUUGUGUUCAUUGUGGAUGUUAAAGCCAACAAGCACCAGAUCAAAAAGUCUGUGAAGAAGCUCUAUGACAUUGAUGUGGCCAAGGUCAACACCCUGAUUCAGCCUGAUGGAGAGAAGAAAGCAUAUGUUCAACUGGCUCCUGAUUACAAUGCUUUGGAUGUUGCCAACAAAAUUGGGAUCAUCUAAACUUAGUCCAGAUGGCUAAUUCUAAAUAUAUGUAUAUCUUUUCACCAUAUACAUGCCUCUGUCAAUUUCUGGUUGGGCUGGGAGGCCAUAUACAGGCAUUGACAUUGUAACAGGGCUUGGUCAAGACUCUUGUUUUACUUAUGCUUUUGGAAUACUCACCCUGCCACUCCACCAUGUUUGAUCACUCCAGAGAUCUAUGUGACUAGAGUUAGCGUCAUAGGAAAACCAGAACUCAGAACUUGCCUCCAUGGUUGAGGGUAACAAGAAGCUUUAGAAGAACCCCUUUUAUCCCUGGAAGAGGCUGUGUGUGAAACCAAUGCCCAGAGUUGGAAGGGUAUUAGCAUCCAUUUCAGGCGAGUAUGGGUUGGCUGGCUUUCAGGUAGCAUUUUGUCCUCAUACACCCAUCUACUAUGGUCCAACUGGUCUGUCUGCUUCCCUCACUCCUUGUGCAAUAAAGGACAAGGACUUCAAAGAAAAAAAAAAAAUAUAUAUAUAUAUAUAUAUACCUUGAAUAGUGCCCAGUUCUGCUCUUUGAGAGUUGUUCCCUAGUACAUUGUUUUGUAAGACUAUUAGCUCUACCCUUUGGGCUCUUGGCUUUCUCCUUCUUUUUUCUUUUUCAUAAGAAAUAGGUCAUAUUUGUAGCUGAGUAGCUUUUCAACUUGCUUCUUACCUAUGUGAAGUUGGGAACCCACAGAUAUUUUAUUUCUCCCAUUUUGAACUGUUUCUUUCUCUUUUAGUCCAAACUGGUGGUACUUUUAGUACUAUAGUUUUCUUUAAAACUUUGAGAGUUUUCUAUGAAUGUUAUUAGGGAUUGAUUCUAUGUCCCAAAAGCCACAUUUAUAAUCCCUUUCCAGGACAGAACUGUCUUUACUUUGGGUCUGCCUACUGAAGAAAAGGUCAUUAAGAUUCUUAGAAGUCCCUUUGUAUAGAUGAGAAGGGUCUAUAUUUUCAAGGUCUCAACGAAAGAUCUUAUGGACAAACCUCUGAUUUGAUAUCUCCCCAGAGACCAUUUUUAAAUUUCAGGUCUUUCGCCAGUUGUAGAGACUGUUUUGGGCCCUCUUUACUUCCUCUAAAUUCUGCUUAAAAAUUAAACAGGUCCUUCUUUAGUUUAUUUCUCUCUUCCCCAUACUUUAUCAUAUGCAGCUGAAAGAAGCCAGUUGGUACUACUUUCAGUGUUCUACCUGGAAAUAUCUUUAGCCAGUCGAUAAGUUAAUUAGGUAAAUAUUCUAUCUUAUGUAAUUGUUAAAUUAGGUAAAUAUUAUUGCAGACAACAGUCUUGCCAAACAUUCCACCACUGUGUAACAUGAGGCACUCUCUCUCCUGCAUCUAAUAGCAAUUUUCUCAUGGCUCUUCUGGCCUUUGCUAACAACUGACUUUCCACUUUUUCAGCCUCUGCCUGCCAUCAGGUCCCAAAACCAAUGCUGCAUAUUUUAGGCUGUUUGACACUUCCCUUAAGCAAGUCAAUCAAAGCAAGUCACAUAUCCAAGGAAGGGAAAAUAGAUUCCAUCUCUUGAUGGGAGAAAUGGCAAAUUCACAUUGCAAAAGAGCAUGUGGAAUGGGAUGACUUAUAGUAAUCUAUAGAAUAAUCUAUUGCACCUAGUAAGUUUAAACUUGGAAGAUUUACUAUAGGUGAGAAGUUAACAAGUGGUAGCCUGUGUAUGUAUCUGGCUCACAGAUAUGGUAUAUUUGGCUUGGAUAGAGUUUUAAUGAAAAAAAACCAACAUAAUUUAUCAUCAAACAAUUGGAAGAUUUUAUCUAGAAGGUUGUAUAUCAGGUCUCUCUUGAGAAAUAGUAAGCUGUUUUUGUGUUGGGCCUUCAUUUCCAUAUUAGCUGGAAAUUGCCUGAUUUACUCCCUUUCAUGACCUCUUGGCUCCUAUAGGUAUUUGAUUUUGCAGUUUUUGCUGCUGCAGAUUACUAAUUUAUAUGUUAGUUUUUUUUAAGGGAAUAUGGUGAUGAGCAAGACAGUCAUAGAGCUUACAUUCAAGUAUGGGAAGAUGGACAAUAAUACUAGAUAAAUAAUGUAAUUGCACAUGGAAUUGGAAUAAAGCAAGAAUCUGGGAUAGAAAGUAACUAGUAAAUAGGUAGUUGGGGUGGGGAUAUUUUAGAUAGGGUGGUCAGGAAGCCCUCUCUGAAGACAUGACGUUGAGUGGCCUUAGUGUGAGAAGGAGCCAAACAUGGGGUAAGAGUGUUCCAGGCAGGCUGAGCCUCGUGGCUGAUGCCUGUAAUCUCAGCACGUUUGGAGGCUGAGGUGGGCAGAUCACCAGGUCAGGAGAUCGAGACCAUCCUGGCUAACAUGGUGAAACCCCAUCUCUACUAAAAAUACAAAAACAUUAGCUGGGCAUGGUGGCACGUGCCUGUAGUCCCAGCUACUCGGGAGGCUAAGCCAGGAGAAUCGCUUGAACCUGGGAGGCAGAGGUUGCAGUGAGCUACGAUCGCACCACUGCACUCCAGCCUGGGUAACAGAGCAAGACUCCAUCUCAAAAAAGAAAAAGAAUGUUCCAGGCAGAGGAAAAAGCAAGUGAAAUGACCCAUGGGUGGGCCUGGGCUUGGGGUGUUUGAGGAAAGGCAAAGCCGAGAGUAUAAGAGGAGAAAAUGGUAGUAGAAGAGGGGCAUGAACGAGGUCAUGAAAUAUCCUGUAGGACAUAAAAAAACUUGAGCUCUUAUUCUGAGUAAUGGGAAGUCAUUGAAGGAAUUGAACAGGGCUAAGGUUGUGAUGUCAUUUACUUUUUGCAAAGAUGUCUCUAGCUGCUGUGUGGCAAAUAGACUAGUGGCAAAGGGUGGAAGUAGGAUGUUGUAAAGGAUGCUUGCAGUCAUCUAGGGGAGGUAUAAAUGAUGGGGCCUUGAACCAGGGCAUGGUACUUCUAGGAGUGAGAAGUGGUCAUACGUGGUAUGUAUUAGACAGGUCUUAUGGAUUAUUGAAUAUGGGAUAUGGGAAUGGGAGGAAUUAAAGCCAACUUUGAGGCUUUUGGCUUGAGCAACUGAAUAAAUGGGUGGUCCCAUGGGGAGUUCUGACAGAGGAGCAAGCUCGAAGUGGGAAUUGAGAGUUUUCUCUUGACUAUUAUUAACUUUGUGACCCUACUGCAAAAAUAAGUUUGAAAAUGAAGACUCCUAAAGUGAAAUUGUUUUUAUCUUACAGCUCUUUAUAUGUGUUUUUUUCUUCUUUUCCUCUUCAUUAGAAGACUUUGCCAUUACUUGGAUGGCAUACCAGCUGCAAUGGAGGAAGUAUACAGAUGUAUAUUGGAGGAUGUAUUUAUAUUUUAAUGUGUAGCUAUCUGCUGUCAAGAAUUAGGCAAGGAGACUAGUCACUCACACCUGUAAUCCCAGCACAUUGGGAGGCUGAAGCGGAAGGAUUGCUUUAGGCCAGGGAUUCGAGACCAGCCUGGCCAACAUAGUGAGCUCUUGUCUCUACAAAAAAUUUAAGAAUUGGCCAGGUGUGGUGGCUCACACCUGUAAUCCCAGCACUUUGGGAGGCCGAGAUGGGUGGAUCACUUGAGGCCAGGAGUUAGAGACCAGCCUGGCCAACAUGGUGAAACCCCAUCUCUACUAAAAAUACAAAAGUACUAGCUGGGAAUGGUGUCAGGUGCCUGUAAUCCCAGCUACUUGGGAGGCUGAGGCAGGAGAAUUGCUUGAACCCGGGAGGCAGAGGUUGCAGUGAGCCGAGACCACACCAUUGCACUCCAGCCUGGGCAACAAGAAAAAAAAAAUUAAGAAUUCGCCUGCCAUGGUGGUGUGCUAUUUUGAGUAAUGGGAAGUCACUGAAGGAAUUGAACAGGGGUAGUGAUGUGAUGUCAUUUACUUUUUGCAAAGAUGCCCCUGGUUGCUGUGCCGUGAAUAGACUAGUGGCCACAGGUGGAAGCAGAAUGGUCAUUUAAAAUUUUCUAUUUAUUCCAAUUCAGUGUGGUCAUAAAGGAUCAAGUGUAAUUUAUUAUUCACAUUUUAUUGGUAUGGAGAAUUAAUUCAUUUUUACUAUUAAAAAAAGGUGGCAUGUUAGUAAUCAGAAUGUUCUAGGAGAACCUUCCAGAGGUUUGUAACUCUUAGAAUUGAAAUCACUAUUUAGCUAAGACCAGAAUCGUAACAUAAGGCAAGAUUGAAUAAGGUGAAUGGAUUUGAUGAAUUAAAGUGCUACUUGUAAAGGAUAGUAAAUUCACUUUUGCAUUUUAGAUAGUAGCUUUUAUUGUAAAUUUGGAUGCAAAAUGAGAUAAUAGCGUUUUCACCCCUUUUCAAGAGCCAUUUGGAGAUAGCAUUUUGACUAGAUCUGUCAUUCAAUUCAGCUUAGAAAUAAUUUAUAAUUUUAUUUUUAAAUUCCUAUUUUAGGAUAUUAUCAUAUUAUCAUGAGAUAAUGAAAAUACCACUCUAAUUUUAUUAUAAUUGGGUUGGGAGGAAAUAGUCUUUUGUAAAAGGUUAGUUAGUGGCAUAUUGCCAUUAGCAUUUAUUUUACCUUUUUUAGAAAAUGAAAAUCAUUACACUUAAAUUCAAUGUAUAUUAUAUAGAGAACAUAACUGAUUUAUAACCAUGUAAAAUAUCUUGUCUUACUAACAAAACGUUCAGUUUUUCCUUCUUUGUGAAACCUUGAGUCAAAAUGUACUAGUGAGGAUGUUUAUAUUCCAGUGGUGUAGCUGAACCAGACAGGUCUGCAGCGCAGUGGUUUAUUUUUAGACCUGCGUUGCCAUUUUUAUCCUGCAAAAAUAUUCAUCAGUGUCUUGCUGACAGGCCAUCAGUUUCAUAAAUGUGUCACAUAGACCAGAUUUUGUUCUUUGUCUCAUUUUCCCUCCAACUCUUCUUUUCCUUUUGAUUUGUUCAUACAACUGUUUGGAGGAGGAGAAUUUUUUUUUUUUAAUUUCAAUUCAUGUAUUAGAUGCUUCAAUUCUAAGAUCUAACAGAUUUUCAGAUCACCCAGUUCAUUCAUCUAUCUGCAUCUGCUUACACAUCUCUACUUAUUGUCUGAUAUGAGAAGCUGUUAUAGAUCACUAAGCUGAAGGCAAGGAAAAGAGAAUUGCAUGCAUUGGGGAUUCUCUUCAUGGGUCCAGUCAGUUUUUGACUGCCUUCUCCAUAUAUGUUUUUAUAUAUUUAUGUGUAUGCUCUGUGUGUGUGUGUGUGUGUGUGUGUGUGUGUGUGUUUUCAUUUAUUUACUUGUCUUACCCAACAAGGGACUGGCAUAAAAUAUUUUGCAUAAAAAAAUAGCUGCCUAAGGGCCUAGGGGUUACCAUAUGUGGCAGAAAGCCAUGUAUUGAAAAUAAAUCCAUCAUUAUCUUUAAAUACAUAGAGCACCAAUUAUUUAAUUUGUUAGGAGACUGUUUUAACCUGUUUGGGCUGCUAAAACAAAAUACCAUAAACCAAGUGGCUUACGAACAACAGAAAUUUAUUUCUCACAGUUUUGAAGACUGUGAAGUCCAAGAUCAAGGUCCUGGAAGAUUUGGUAUAUGGUGAGGGACUGUUUCCUGGUUCACAGAUGGUACUUUCUCACUGUGUCCUCUCAUGGCAGAGGGGGCAAAUGAGCUCUCUCAGACCUCCAAAAGAGGACUGAUCCCAUUCAUGAGGGCUCUGUCCUCGUGAUCCAACCAUCCACAAAUGCCCCCUGCUAGUACCAUCACCUUGCGGGUUAGGGUUUCGACUAUGAAUUUUGGGGGAACACAAACAUUCAGACCGUAACAGAGAUGGUGUUUUGAUUCCAGAUGCCUGAGUGACAAAUAUCACCAAAACAGAAGGAAAAAUUCCUGCAAUCAAGAGAAACUAGGGGCACAUACUUGAGAAUAUAGUAAUUUUUUAACAGUGUAUAUUCAUGUCUCAUUUUUAUAAAAACUCAGAUUCCCAGAGCAGGAUUGGUAUUCACUUAUCUCUGUAACAAAUAUUUACUGAGUAGCUACUUGAGGGCUCAAUAUAUUAAUUGCUUUAGUGGCUACCAUGGCUUGGAGAACAGGAUUUCUGACUUGUGGAGCUUAUAGUUAUUUUAAGAGGAAAAUACUUCUAUGUAUAUUUCACAGACAUGGCAGUACAGCAUACUAGGUAAGAGUAUAGGCACUGGAGCCAGAAAUUUGCAUUUAUAGUUUGUGCCAGUCAUUUCCUAGUUUUGUUACCUUGAGCAAACUGUUCAGCUUUUCUGAGCCUCAGUUUCUUCAUCUCUAAAAUUGGUAUGUACUUCAGAAAUUAUUGCAAAGGUUAAAAAAGAUGAUGCUUAUUUAGCAAUGUGCUAAAAAUACUGAACAUCAUGCCUAGCACAUAGUAAGCACAUAAUAAAUGCUGGUUAAUUCAUAAUAAUAGUAAUAACAAUGAUGGGGAUAACAACAAAUAUUCUAUGCAUAUUCUAUAAUGCUUUAACAUCAGGAAUGUCUUCAGCUGUAAGUAACAGAAUACACAACUAUGGUGGCUUAAACAGAUAAGGAUUUAUUAAUCUAACAAGUCUGACAUAGGCCAGAUUGAAUAUUAAUUAUUCAACAAUUUUUAUCAAUAAUCUAUAUGCCAGCUACUAUUCUAGGCACAAGGAUUCAUCCAUUAACAAAAUGCAGUUAUUCCUGUCCUCAUGAAGCUUACAUUCUAAUUGGGGAGAGAGACAAAAAUAAACAAAACAAUGUAAUAUAAAAAUGGUAAGUUAUUACUAUGUUAGAAGGUGGGCUUCAUAGAAAGCUUUGUGAAGGAGGGCCCAUUUAAGUUAGGCCAUAAGGGAACAACAGAGUUUGAAUAAAUGAGGCUAGGUGAGAGAAAGACACAACAGAGGAACAGAUAUGAGAAAAAUGGAGGAGCCAUUUUGAGCCAUCUCAAAAUGGAAGUUUUGGCAACAGUGCUUUGUUAAUCAUCAAGUAAUCAGGAGCCAUGAACGCAAGAUUUUUCUCAGAUUUCUAAAGUAAAAGAUUUCAUGUUGUUAUUUUCACUUUAUAUAACAGUUAACAAUCAAAUAAUAAUAGUGAUAGUAAUAUGUAGUGCUUACAAAUCAAACGUUGUUCUACUUAAUACCAAUGAUAAUAAAAGCAUAUGGCUGACACUUACAUAAUGCUAAUUAGGUAUCACACUAGUCUAAGGAUUUGGUAUUCAUAUCCUAAUCUCUGUGUUAAGUACUAAUACUAUUCCCAUUUUACAGAUAAGUAAAGUUAGGUAGUUUGGUAACUUGGCCCAGGUUUAUUUGCCCUUAGUGUCUCUAAGGGCGAUAAGAAAAGAGAUAACUGGAGAGAUAGCCUCUCAUUCCAUAAUCCAGGGGAUAGAGUGGGUGAGGAAAUGUUCAGGGAAUAUAAGUAGGUUUAACCCCUAAAGCCCGAGCAAAGGAAGAAAGGAGAAAUUGAGGGCGUUAGUAGGGCUUGAGAUGGCUCAUCUAAACAGUUACCCACAAUUUCCACAACUCUGGCAGAAAUUUACCAUUAGAUGAGAUUAGGUCCAGAGCUUUAUCAUAUUUCAGAGACAGGCUUUCCAAUGCUAAGCAUCACACAUAUACCUUACCCAGCAGGGACCAUUAGAAUCCUUUUCUCAUAGGGAGAGUGUCUUUUGUUGUUUGUUUCUUCACUUGGUUAUCUCUUAAAUGAAAGAAGAAUUUUCCAAUUUCAACAUGAGCUUUCAAAUGGACCAAAUUCUCAAGCAUAUUUAGGUUGUGUCUAAAUAGUUCUUAUAGAACAAAUAUUAUGAUAUGUGCUGCCUGUUAAAAUUUCUGUCUGUAUUCAUGUACACAUUCUAUCUCUAAUUAGAAGCUGCCAGCCUUGUCAAAAUACAAGUAUGGUCCACUGUUAAAACCUGAUGUAAGAAAAUAUAAAUGUAUAAAAAUAGUUAAAGUUGCGGGGUGGGGGGCCAUGGAGAGUACUUGCAUUCUAAAAAAAUUUUUAAGGCUUCCAUUAAUUGGGAAAGUUUGCUUUACGUAAUAAUUCAAAGAAUAGAUUUUAUUUAUGUAGUAUAAAUGUGAGACCACAGUUAUUACAUAAAGGGUGAACUUACUUAAAUAUACUUUAUAUUAAGGAUUCAGUCAUGGUACAAUGCCAUGCUCAUUUUCAGUGAACAAGACAAUUGUAUACUCAGAUAGCAUAUGGUAGAAAGGACUGAGGCAUCACAGGCCAAAAGGCCCCCUGAACUGAAUGUGGUCUUGCUGGUGCUGUUAGACUGAGUAGCCCUUGUCAGAAGAAAUGGUAGAUUCCAUCAGAAAAUGUUCAAUGUAAAAUAUUACAGCAGUCCUUGUGAUUUUCAGUAGGUGUUUCCCAAGCUACUCUUACGUUAUUGGGAUCAGCUAACUAACCGAAGGUGGCUGUGUUCUAUUUAAAUAAAAUCUUGAGUUUAGAAGGUUUCAGGGGAGUCCCAGUUUAGAGGGAACUUUGUGUGAACUUUGGUUCUGUUUGAAUCUUGAUCAUGCUAGAGAAAUAACUCAUGAAUAUAAGGCUUUUUUUUUUUUUUUUUCAAUAGGGAGUCUUGCUAUAUUGCCCAGGCUGGUCUUGAAUUCCUGGUCUCAACUGAUUUUCCUGCCUCAGCCUCCUGAGUAGCUGGGAUUACAGGCACACACCACCCUACCUGGCUUAUAAGGCAUUUUGUUGAUAUAAAUUCCCGUCAUAGGACAAACCACCAUCUCUUAAUGCUGAGUUUUACAACUCCUUCUCCAAGUAUUUGGUGUUAUGGUAAAACAGUAGGAAAAAAACACAACAAUUCACCCUCUUUCUACCCUUUAAUCCAUUUUUGUUUUUAAUCACACCUUUUUUCCUCCACUUUGCCAUUGUGCUUCUUGAUCUCAGGUUGGGAGAGAUGAACUAUGGCAGUAAUGUAUAGUGGGCAGUGGACUCCCCUUUCUCCAGAGGUGGUAGAGUAGGUUUGGUGCUUUUUUGUUUGUUUCAUUUCUGGAAAACUUGAGUUUAUGUGUUUUUCUGUCUGAGGCUUUAAAUACAAACUGAAUUAAGCAGACAUCUCAAUUGUGGCAGUAACCACAUGGGGGCUUGCAUAGUGUGAUUCUGUUUUUUGUUUGUUUGUUUUUUGUUUUUUUGUUUUUUGAGACCGAAUCUUGCUCUAUCACUCAGGCUGGAGUGCAGUGGCACAAUCUCCACUCACUGCAACCUCCGCCUCAUGGGUUCAAGUGAUUCUCCUGCCUCAGCCUCCCAAGUAGCUGGGAUUACAGGUGCCUGCAACCACACCCAGCUAAUUUUUGUAUUUUUAGUAGAGAUGGGGUUUCACCAUGUUGGCCGGGCUGGUCAUGAACUCCUGACCUCAGGUGAUCUGCCCACCUUGGCCUCCCAAAGUGCUGGGAUUAUAGGCAUGAGCCAUUGCACCUGGCCCAAUUCUGUUUAACUAAUAUACAGAAUAUAAUUUUAUUUGAAUUUUAAACUAUAAAAACAUUACACAAGAAAUAAAUUUACUUAUAGAAAAAUUAGAAAAUCCAGCUAAGUAAAAAAAAAAAGAAAAGAAAAAUUAUUUAUAUUCCUCUACCUAGAGGUAACUACCAUCAACUUUUUGGUCUGUGGCUCUUUUAGAUUCUUUAGAUUUUUUUCCCAAAACAAAAAAUGGCUACUGUACUUGUUACUCCUCCCACUGUAUCUGGGAAUCGGAUUAUUUAUGAGCUAGAUUAUUGGUAAACUUCUUUUGACUCAUCAUUAGGUGAUGAUCCUUAGAAAUUUCAAUUAAAGAUCUUCUGGAGAAAUAAACAUUGUUAAAACAAAAAUAGUUAAUUUUUGUUAAUUAAAAAAUAAUCCAUUUUUUCUUCACUUGGCUGUGUAUCAUAGACAGGUUUUCACUGCCAGUCACCAUUCUUUGGUGCCAUAAUUUUUGAUAACUGUAUUGUGUUCUAUUGUACUGAUAUGCUAUAAUGUGUAAUAUAGAUAUGCUACAUAUAAUAUAGAUAUAAAUAUGGGUAUAAACGAUUAGUAUGCACCAUAAUUAUAUACUAUAUCUAUAUGCUAUUAUGUGUGCUAUACAUGCUCUAUAAUUACAUAUUAUAAUGUAUUUAGUGGCCCCUUAUGGUUUCAAUGUUGGUAUUGUAAACAGUGCUGCCACAUACCAGCAUCUUAAAGGUCUUGUUCAUUCUGAAAAACUAAAAGGGAAAGGCAAUAGAGUAGUAACUUAGUAAGGGCCAGCAAAUGGCAUAGAAAGUUAUGACAUUUAAAGAAUUGUUUCAGAUGUCCUUGCAUCUUAAGGAUCAAUGACAAUUUAAGUAAAACGAGGACUAUUGUACAUCUAAUAGAAUUUAAUAAAAUACCAAGUUUAUAUGUUUAGUAGUGUCCUAAUCUUGUGAAGGGAUUGAAGGUGUUUUCAAAAUGUUAAAUAGCAGAUAGUAUUAAUUUUUAAAUUAAUUAAUUGCAAAGUAGGUGAGUAGGUCUGUAACAGCACAACUAUAACUUCAGGCAUCAGAGAAGUUGUUUUUUCUCUCUUUGAGCUCUAGUCCAGACAGUAAACUUCGUUAAGUAAUUUACAUUUAAAACUUUUGCUGGAGACCAGGAAAUUUCUAUGGUACGUUUGUAGAAUAAAAAGCCAUGUAAGUAAAUAAAUGAAAUCACUGAAAAGUGCAUAAGAGGACGCUUAAAUCAGACUUGUAUUAAAAGUUCUAUUUGUGAGAGGUAGCUUCUUGAAGGGAGGAAAGUAUGCUUUCUUUGAUUCCAUGAAGCUCACAGUCAUGCUGUACCUGCUGCCUAUCCGCUGCAUCUGAAAGGGUAGCUUAUCUAAGAAGUUGAAUGAAACAAACUUCAAAUGAUAAACAGAAAGUUAUUUCAUCAGUCUUUAACACUUCCACCUAAAGGUUCACAGAAGAAAUAAAAGUCAUAGAGACUAGCCUCAAGUUUUCUUCUUUUCUUGUUAAAGGUCUGUGGGAGAGAAGGUAAAAAUAAUCAAAACAUUUUUCUUUUAAUUCAGUUAUUCAUGUUCUUUCUAUUUUAAAUUGUUGAAGAUGAGCUAGCUGUAGGUUUAUUGUUUUAAAUCACAGCUCUGACUUGACAUACUGUUUUUAAAACUUGUGAAUGUGUAUUUUUUUUUUUUUAAUAAAGAGAGAAGUCAUUACUUUGAUUUUAUAUUCAUCAUAGUCAUGGACUCAUAGGGUCUUGGGUGUUCAUUUAGUUUGCAACUACAUUGUAAAGAUGCUGAAACUAAGGCUCAGAAAUAUUAACCACUGGUCCAGGUUGAUUUAGCUAGCAGAACCAGGACCAGAAAAUAGGUUUUCUGACUAUUGGUCAAUCCACCGCUAUUGUAUGUAGAGUAUAAUCUCUGUAACUGAGAAAUAUUGUGCUGGAUUAUAUGAAGCCCCUUUAAAAAGAUUUAUCUGGAAGUGAAUUUCACUGAGUGUUCAUUUUGAAAAGUCUGUUAGUUGUUAAGUUGUUUAACAUAAUUUUAUUGGCAGUCUGGGGGUUUACCAAAAAGUAGAAAGAGGAUCCAGCAGGAUGUUGUAUAACAAGAAGGAAUUGUGUUGAGCUUCCAUGGUUUUGACUUCUCAGGGAUGAGAAAAAAAAAUUAGUUGAGAAUAAAUGAGCAUUCUUCCUUUCUUUUCUCACAUUUGUUGUUGAUACUACCAUUAUUUAUUUCAGUCUUCAAGAUAUAUAAACUGUUUAUUAAACUAUCUUUUGGUGAGGCUGUUUUGAAGUUCUUGACUAGGCCUGAGUGAGUCAGGCAUGACAAGUAGAUUUACUUGAUUUCUCCUAGGUGUAAAGUACCUAGGGGUGUGCUGGGCCUCAGCAUCAGUAUGCUUAAACACAUGCCUUUAAGAUAUAUUUAAUCCUUAAAGAAAAGGUAGUUAUUCACCAGGAGACUCUGGCCCAAACAUAGGACUUUAUUGUAGUGUUAGUGUGAUAAGCAUGGUGGCUUAAAAGGAGAAUAGCUUUCUAAAUCUCAUUUCUAAAUCUCUUAGUGAGGUGAGACAGAGUGAAUAAAAUCCAGGGUCUCUGUUUUUGGAGAAUUUACCCACUUCUUAUAUGAAGAAUAUUAUUAAUUUUUUUUUUUUCGAGACAGAGUUUCACUCUGUCACCCAGGCUGGAGUACAGUGGCACAAUCUUGGUUCACUGCAACCUCCGCCUCCCGGGUUCAAGCGAUUCUCCUGCCUCAGCCUCCCAAGUAGCUGAGAUUACAGGUGCACACCACCCCGCCCAGCUGAUAUUUGUAUUUUUAGUUGAGACGGGGUUUCACCAUGUUGACCAGGUUGGUCUUGAACUCCUGACCUCAGGUGAUCUGCCCGCCUCGGCCUCCCAAAGUGCUGGGAUUACAGGCGUGAGCCACUGCGCCCAGCCUAAAAUCUUAAACUGGAUGAAUUAGGUUGAAAUAAGUCAAAUAAUCUACUCUAGACCUUCCCUUAUGUUUAUCUUGGUGGAUAUAAAUGUGGACCACUGAAGAUAAGUUAGCUAGUGGAAUUAUACCAGGUAGAUCUCAUUACACCUCUUUCACUUUUAUUAGACCUGAGUUAUAUACAGUAUUUCAAGGGCACUUGUGUAGUAGACAACGAUUGUCCUACUGGUGUGUUUGCAUACUGUUUAUAACUAAGGAGAUGUUUAAUGUAAUCAUGUUGACUGAAGAACAAAAAGGGUCAUAAAUUUGGAAAGGAGAGCUUUAUUUCUCAUAAAGGGUUGCAGCCUGCAGGUUGGUCAUCCUGACAAGCUGGGAAGCAAAGCCUCCCACCAGAAGUUGGAAACAGAUACUUCCAGGGAGGGGCAAAGGGAACAGGAAUUUAUGCUGGGCAGGGUGGCCAAAUAUAUAUGUUCAGUAAGCUCUAGGAGGCAUCAUGAAUAUUCAUGGAAGGAGAAAAUGUACACAUGUGCAAUUGAGCUUCCGACCUUUCCAUGGCAUGGAACCCGUGUCCAAAAAAUGGCAGCAUUAGCAUGAUCUCGGGGUGGAGUUUUCGAUCUUCUGACAUCAAAAGAUGAAGCACAGCACACAAAAACCUUUACUGUGCUUCCUCUGUAGACUGGCCAGAACCACUCUAUAUGGUUUGGCUAUGUCCCCCCUGACCUAAGUCUCAUCUUGAAUUGUAGUUCCCAUAAUCUCCUUAAUGUGGUAGGAGGGACCUGGUGGGAGGUAAUUGAAUCUUGGGGUGGUUACCUCCAUGCUGUUCUCCUGAUAGUUCUCAUGAGAUCUCAUGGUUUUAUAAGGGGCUCUCCUCUGCCCUCACUCUGUACUUCUCCUUGCUACCACCAUGUGAAGAAGGAUGUGUUUGCGUCCCUUUCUGCCAUGAUUGUAAGUUUCCUGAGGCCUCCCCAGCCAUGCUGAACUAUGAGUCAAUGAAAUCUCUUUCCUUUAUAAAUUACCCAGUCUUGGGUAUGUCUUUAUCAGCAGCGUGAGAGUGGACUAUACACACUCCAUGGUUGGUCUCUUAUCAGGAAGAAAUGCUGCUGGUUAGUUGUUUUGUUGAAACUGCAAAAGGAAGGGGCAGCAGUCAGGCUAUUGGUUGCAGUCAGCGGUGGAUCUUUUUUUUUUUUUUUAGAGACAGGGCCUCUGUCAUCCAGGAUGAAGUGCUGUGGCCCAGUCAUAACUCACUGCUGCCUCUUAACUCUUAGGCCCAAGGAAUCCUCCUUCCUCAGCCUCUCGAGUAGCUGGGACUACAGGCAGGUGCCAGCAUGCUUGGCUAACCUUUUUUAUUUUUUGUAGAGACAGGGUCUUGCUGUUGCCCAGGCUGGUCUCGAACUCCUGGUCUCAAGUGAUUCUUCUGCGUUGGCCUCUCAAAGUGCUUGGGAUUAUAGAUGUGAGCCACUGUGCCCAGUUGAAGUUCACGUUAUUAAUUAACUAAUUAAUUAACUGACAGUCUCUGUUGCCCAGGCUGGAGUGCAAUGACAUGAUCAUGGUUCACUGCAACCUCAACCUCCUGGCUCAGGCAAUCGUCUUGCCUUGGCUUCUCAAAGUGCUGGAAUUACAGAUGUGAGCCACAAUGCCUAGCCUCAGGUUGUUUAAAAAGUGGCUGAUGGGAAUGAGGAAUAAAAAAAUGUCAUUCUCAGUGGUGAAGAGUGACUUGGGCACAAUAUGAAACUGAUUCCCUGGCAUGUUGUAUUUGGGAAAUACCAGGUGGACUGUUUGAAGUUAAAACGUUGGUUAAAGGUAAUGAAAAAUAAAGUUGGAUUCAGCAUUAUCAGAUUAAUGAGGAAUCCACUCUUUGGAGUAUUUGUGUAUGCACAGUGCAUUAUUGCUGAAUGCGUCUGUUAUAGGUAGUUCCUAGUUUAUAAAGCAAUAUUGUAUUGUAUCGUUGGGUUUAUGUUGUGGCGAUCAGAUUAUGAUGUGAUGAGUGACAAGUCAUUUAACCUCUCUGAGAUUGUCACUUCAUCUGUUAAAUUAGAUGCUUUAAUCAGGUCUUAUUAUCUACCACCCUCCUAGGGUUGUUUGGGGAACUACUGAUUGUACCUUACAGAGUGUUGGGAUCUGUUAAAACAGACAUUGUCUGUAAAGUAUCUGCUACUGUGUUUGGCACAUGUUAGGCACUUGAUACAUUUAGAUUUAAAUUUUAAAAGGCUGUUCCACCCAUAGGAGCAGUCCGAACUUAGGAUUCUCUGUAUUCGGUAGUGUAAAUUGAGUGAUACGUUGAUUAGUUUUACUUCCCAAAUUCAAGGAAUGAUACACCAAGAAAAAUAGCAAUUUCUGUCCCUUUCCUGAUCUAGCCCUUGGUAAAAAGCUAAUCUUUAGUAACUUUUAAAAAAAGGGGUUUAGGGGGAAUUCAGAGUGGAAGAAAGUGUGAGAGGGCCCAGCAGAAGAAAACAUGGCUGCCAAAGUGUUUGAGUCCAUUGGCAAGUUUGGCCUGGUCUUAGCCGUUGCAGGAGGUGUGGUAAACUCUGCCUUAUAUAAUGUGGAUGCUGGGCACAGAGCUGCGAUCUUUGACCAAUUCCAUGGAGUACAGGACAUUGUAGUAGGGGGAGGGACUCACUUUCUCAUCCCAUGGGUACAGAAACCAAUUAUCUUUGCUGUUCUCGACCACGUAAUGCGCCAGUCAUCACUGAUAGCAAAGAUUUAUAGAUUCUCAAUAUCACACGGCGGAUCCUCUUCCGGCCUAUCGCUAGCCAACUUCCUCAUAUCUUCACCAGCAUCGGAGAGGACUAUGAUGAGCGUGUGCUGCCGUCCAUCACUACCAAAUCAAGUCAGUGGUGGCACGCUUUGAUGCUGGAGAACUAAUCACCCAGAGAGAGCUGGUCUCCAGGCAGGUGAGCAACGACCUUACGGAGCGAGCAGCCACCUUUGGGUUCAUCCUGGACUACGUGUCCUUGACACAUCUGACUUUCAGGAAGGAGUUCACAGAAGCCGUGGAAGCCAAAAAGGUGGCUCAGCAGGAAGCAGAGAGGGCCAGAUCUGUGGUGGAAAAGGCUGAGCAGAGGAAAAAGGCGGCCAUCAUCUCUGCUGAGGGUGACUCUAAGGCAGCCGAGCUGAUCACCAACUCACUGGCCACCGCAGGGGACAGCCUGAUCGAGCUGUGUAAGCUGGAAGUCGUGGAGGACAUUGCAUUACCAGCUCUCGCUCUCAGAAUAUCACCUACCUGCCAGCAGGGCAGUCCGUGCCCCUCCAGCUGCCCCAUUGAGGGCCCACCCUGCCUGCAUCUUCACGGGCCAACUGGGCCACAGCCCCGAUGAUUCUUAACACCGCCCUCCUUCUGCCCCCACCCCAGAAAUCACUGUGAAAUUUCAUGAUUGGCUUAAAAAGUGAAGGAAAUAAAGGUAAAAUCACUUCAGAAACCCCAUCCCCCCAAAAAAUGGGUGGGCAGGGUUAAAAGAAAUUCAAGUAAAAUUCUCAUUACAUAAAAUUAACCAUUAACGAAUUCACAGUGUACGAUUCAGGGGGCUUUAGUACAUUCACACUGUUGUGCAACUUUCACCUCUAUCUAGUUUCAAGGUAUUUCUAUCACCCCAAAAGGAAACACCAUAUCCACUAAGCAGUCCCUCUCUAUCCUCCCUUCCACAGUCCCUGGCAACCACUAAUCUGCUUUCUUCCUCUAUGGACUUGCCUAUUUAUUCUGGAUGUUUCGUGUAAAUAGAAUACGGUGAUGACCUUUUGUGUCUGGCUUCUUUCAUUAAGCAUGAUGUUCGUAUGUAAGGUUCAUCCACAUUGUAGCAUGUAUCAGUACUUAAUCCCUUUUUGUGGCUGAAUAAUAUUCCAUUGUAUGUAUAUACUACACUUUGUUUAUUCAGCCAUCAUUUGUUGGACAUUUGAGUUGUUUCUACCUUUUGGCUAUUGGCAGUGGUGCUGUUAGGAACAUUCAUAUACAAGUUUCUGUUUGAAUACAGGUUUUCAGUUUUGGGGGCUAUAUACCUAGGAGUGGAAUUGCCAGGUCAUAUGGUAUUUCUGUUGAUCUUUUUGAGGAACUCCCAACCUGUUUCCCUCAGUGGCUGCACCAUUUUAUAGUUCUACUAGCAAUGUACAAGGGCUUUAAUUUCCCCACAUCCUCACCAACACUUAAUUUACAUUUUAAAAAAUUACGGUCAACCUAGUGUGUCACUGUAGUUUUGAUUUUCAUUUCUCUAAUAAUGUUAAGCUUUUUUCUUAUGCCUGUUGGCCAUUUGUAUAUCCUCUUUGGAUAAAUGUCUAUUCAAGUCCUUUGCCCAAUUUUAAAAUUGGAUCAUCAUUUUGUUACUGAGUUGUACAAAUUCUUUAUAUAUUCUAGAUACUAAACCUUUAUUAUGUAGAUGAUUUGCAAAUGUUUUCUCUCAUUCUAUGUGUGGGUUGUUGUAUUAGUAUGUUUUCACACUGCUGUAAAGAACUACCUGAGACUGUGUCAUUUAUAAAGAAAAGAGGUUUAAUUGACUCACAGUUCUGCAUGGCUGGGGAGGCCUCAGGAAACUUACAAUCAUGGUGGAAGAUGAAGGGGAAGCAAGGCAUGUCUUACCUGGUGGCAGGAGAGAGAGAUCGAGGGGGAACUGCCACACGCUUUUAAACCAUCAGACCUCCUGAUAACCCACUCACUGUCACGAGAACAGCAUGAGAAUUCCUAUUCUCAUGAGGCCCCUUCCGUGUUACUCCCACAUUUUGGGUAUUCCCAAAGGAAGCCACAAAGUGGUUUGAAUCAGAUCACAUUGAGGCAUAAAGAUUGAUAGCCUUUUAAUUCUUAUACAUGGGUUUGCAUUUUUAAAGAGGAUGUGGCAUUAACCAAAAUGAAUCAUUAUUCGGAAGGGUUUUUAGUUAACCAAAUAAAGUGAAAAAAUCAGGCAGAAGGCAUUUUUGGGUUAUGGUGCCACCAGAAGGAAUCGCAGGGCCUUGCCUGGAAGUCGGCCCAGGGGAGUAACUGCCUUUAAGCAAAUCUGCUUUUCACAGUUUUUUUUUUGUUUUCGUUUUUCUGUUCUGGACCUAUAGAUGCUUUGAAUUUUUGUUAUUGUUGUUGUUUGGGUUUGCCAGUUUUUUAAGUGACAAGUAGAACAGUCUGCAGUGUCUGGUUGGGUCAAAAGAAGGGGAGUAAAGAGUCGAAGAGAGGGCUGCUCAGUGGGGAACCUGAAAGGACUGAGUGGGAAAAAGGGGACUCUGUAUUGGGACAGGACAUUUGUAAACUGGGCAUUUUCUUUCUAUAAUAAUCUACUGUUCUUGAAGAAAGAUGUGUGCUUCCUCAUACCAUGGGAUUGUGGAAAAUGCCCACAAUAUCUGGGUGUAUGCAUAAACUAAUAUUUUUCUGUAAAAUUAUUUUUAUAAUAUGAUUAGGAGAACAAGUUAGAGUGGUCUUAUAUUGCAUCACUUUCACUGUUUGUCUUUAAUAAAAAUGGAGGAAGUUGCUGCUGUUUUAUUAACUUGCACCCUGCAUGCUUCUCUUCUUUGUUCUUUGUUAAAUAUGAGCUGGCGUGUGUUAAGACUACGUUAGCAUUUGCUCUCAGGGACUUCUGUGGUUUCUAAAUUCAGCACUGCUAAGCCCCUACACUGUUUGCCUGAAUCAGUUGAGACUGCUAUUUUUAGCAACAAAAGGGAAUUGAAAUAGCAAUUUUCUUUCCAUGUAAUAGAUUCCCAAGAGGAAUACUGAUGCAAGCUCUCUAUCAUUUUCUAUUCCUACCACCCUCCUCCGAAAGCCCUCAGAGGAAAGGCAGCUGUCAUGGUUUGCGGCAGUAUUAAUCUUUAAUCAAUCAAGUGUUUUCUGCAUUCAGGUGUUCGGGGGGAAAAAAGGGUCACCAGAAGGAACCUGUUUGGAAUAACUAAGCUCUUAGGCAUGGACUUUACAGUCAGAAUUUUGUGGGUAGUGGCAGGGAAUAGACAGAAGAGCUAAAAAUAGUGAGUUUGCUUCCAGUGUUGCUCUAGUCUAUUUUUGAUGUUUGAUUUUGAUAAGGUUGAUUGGGUUCUUACUAAAAAUAUCUGUUCCUAGCAAGUUGAGGACAAAAAGAGUAGAAUAUUUUUAACCUACACAAACUAAAGUAUUUUUGUUGACUGUAUAAAAUCUGGAAGUGGAGCCCUGGUCAGUUGCCAGUAUUUUAUAUAAUCUGUAGCAAGCUAGACACUUCUGGAUGCCAAGUUGGGCUAUUCUUUAUAGUUGUCGGUUUCCAUCUUCUCAAAGGCUUGUAAAUUUGGGUUCUGGUGUAAUUUGUGUAUGAAGACAUAAGCCUUUUUAAAAAAUCUUCCUUUUUCCACUUUCCUUCUUUUCUUCCUCUACCUUAUAGUGCCACCCAUGACCAUCAUCUGUACUGUCCCAACCCACAGGGUUCUGGGUGAUACCAUAUAGCUUUUUUCUGUGUAUUGUUAAAAGCUACCCUAACUUAUCCACGUAUUUCAUAGCAAAGUGGAAUCUGAGGACACCAGUGUUAAAUGAAGAAGCAAAUCUUAGAGACAAGAAUAGUGAACUGUCCGGCCAGGCGCAGUGGCUCACGCCUGUAAUCCCAGCACUUUGGGAGGCCGAGGCAGGUGGAUCACAAGGUCCGGAGAUCGAGACCAUCCUGGCUAACACGGUGAAACCCCAUCUCUACUAAAAAUACAAAAAAUUAGCCAGGCAUGGUGGCGGGCGCCUGUAGUCCCAGCUACUCAGGAGGCUGAGGUGGGAGAAUGAUGUGAACCCAGCAGGCGGAGCUUGCAGUGAGCGGAGAUUGCCUGGGCGACAGAGCCAGACUCUGUCCCAAAAAAAAAAAAAAAAUAGUGAACUCUCACUACUUUGGUAAUUUAGCAUGUUUGGUAAAGCAUGUUUUAGUAAAGCAUGUUUGGUAAAGCAUGUUUUAGUAAAACAUGUUUUAGCAUGUUUCACUGGCACAUUAUGAGUGAAGUAGUUCUCUCUAGCAGUGAAAAUCAUCACUUGUCUCUUUUUUUUCUUUGACUUUUAAGUUCAGGGGUCCAUGUGCAGGAUGUGCAGGUUUGUUACAGAGGUAAACAUGUGCUAUGGUGGUUUGCUGCACAGGUCAUCUCAUCACCUAGGUAUUAAGCCCAGAGUCCAUUAGCUAUUCUUCCUGAUACUCUCCCUCCCCCAACCCCCACCCCCUCCAACAGGUCCCAGUGUGUGUUGUUCCCCGGAAAUCAUCACCUUUCAAGGACAGCCUCAGAAUUCUUUGAAAGUGCAAAUCUACAGGUUUAUCAUAAAGUUAAACUUCUCUCUGUUAAAGUUCUUGAAAAUCUCACUUUUAGAUGAUUCUUGACGUUGAGAGGAGGCUGAAGAGUGUAGGGGUUGUGUAAUUAUUUCUAAAUAAGGUGUGGAAAAAGCAGUGGGUAAGGUCAUAAAAGGUUAGUUUUCCUUUUAUAAUCUCCAUUCAUUCACUCAUCCAUUCAUACAGUAAAACCUCAUUAAUCACCUGCUUUUUGCCAGGUUCUGUGCUAGCAGUUAGACUGUGAUGAUCCAGACAGACCCUGCUCUUACAGAAUCCUGUGUGAUGAAUGUCAUGAUGAUAUUGUCCAAAGGACGACCAGGAUGGCUAGAUAGUAGGAAAGAGAGUUUUAUUGGCAAUAUCAGUUUGCAAAACAGAGAGUCUCCAGCAUGAACCGAAAGCACUCUCCAAAACAAAAAGAAAAAAACUAGAGGUUUUAUAAAAAGAAGAAAUGUUACCUAUUGCUCUUUGAGAAAGUUCACUGGCUUUGGGUAAGGGUUUGGGGAACUGGCAAGUCCUGAUUGGUGAGCAACUGCUGUGGACAAAAUUAGUUCCAGAGUUGCAGCAAGCAUAGAUAAAACUGGUGUCAGGUUACAACGAGCAGGUUCAGCAGUCAAGCUUGCAGAGAAUUACAUUCUUGGAGCAAUGUUUUGUACCCUAAGGGCUUUUCCCCCUGGCUUCUUGUCUCUGUUUCAGUCGGGUGUGACAAGAGUGACCCAACUGGCAUGAUCAGCUUUCACAAAGGGGGAGUUCGGAGUACUAUGGGGCAGAGAAUUCUGUAUGAGGUUCUAAGUUAGUCUACAGGUCAAGGAAGGCUUAAUGGGAGAUGAGACGGUUUAACUGAAAAACCUCAAGUAUGGGAGGGAAACACAGCUAGAAGUGUGUCUUAGUUCAUUUGUGCUGCUAUAAUAAAAUACAUAAAGAACAGAAAUGUAUUUUCUCACAGUUUUGCAUGCCAGGAAGUCCAAGAUCAAGGUGCUUGUAAGUUCAGUUGUCUGGAAAGGGAUACUGUGUGUUUCCAGGAUGGCACCCUGUUGCUGCAUCCUUCGAAUGCUGUGUCCUCACAGAGCAGAAGGCAGAGCAGAAGGCAGAAAGUUGGCUGAAGGAACACUUCAUGAAGAUUCUUUUAUAAGGGCCUUAAUUCCACUCAUGAGGGAGGAGACUUCAUGGCCUAAUCACCUCUUAAUGUCUCCACUUCUUACUACUGUCACAUUGGCCAUUAAGUUUCAACACCUGACUCUUGGAAGGGACACAUUAAAACCAUAGCAGAGUGUACGUUGGAGGUGUAGAGAACAUUUUCGAAGAGAAAGCAUGUUACCUUGGAGGAACUGUAAAAAUUUCAGCACAACUGGGGCAUGCUUGAGUGGAAGGAGGAAAGUGGUAGGAGUAAGGUCAGCUCAUGGAAGACCUUGUAAAGAAUGAGGGGAGUGAGAAGCCAGUGACAGGUUUUAGGCUGGGAAGUGAAGUUCAGAUUUGCACUUUGGAGUGAUUGUUUUGGCUACAAUGUAGAGAUUGAAUUGGAGAGGAGUAAGAACGGGACCAGGCGAAUGCAUUAGAAGGUUGUUAACAGUAGUUCUUGUGGGAGAUGAAUGAUGGUAGCUCUAGGUGGUAGCAAUGGGAAGAAGUGAAUGAAUUUGUGUUUCAGUUUUUAUAUAGUUGGCAAAAGGGAAAUGUAACUUCUUGGCAGAGAAAAAAUGGUGUUUGAGAAAGAUAAUUUUUAACUGUGUAUAGCAUGAAUUGAGUGAGGAGGGAUGAAAGAUUCCUCGUACAAGUCCUUGUGUUUGGGAUGAUAGCGUAGAUUGGGGUAGUAGUUGUGAGAAUUACCUGGAUGAUAUCAGUGACAUACCUUGAGCAAAUAUUCUUAUAAUGAUGUGAAUAUUAUUUUGUUUUCAUAAUUUAUUUUAUUGACCGUUUACGCUUACUUUUCCGGGCCUAUCAUGGUUGCUUUAAUAAGACAAGUUUAUUUUUCACCCACUUUAAAGACUAGAACUUUUGUAUAUGUUUGAUUCCUUAUGAUAAACAGUAAAAGAAAAAAUGAUUGGGAUUUUAAAAUGGCGUGGUAAUUCAGUGGUGUUAUCAGGGACCUUGAUUCCUAUGAUACUGUUCCAUUAUCUUAGCCCAUGGCUUCAACCCUAAGAUUACUUCAUGGUUCAAGAGACUACUGCAGCUACAGCCAUCACUUUAGAAUUGACUAGAUGAAGGGCAAAAGGGGCCUGUCUCUGCCAAGUCAACUUCCAUUAAGCAGCCUUUUUCAAAGUCCUUCACAACCUUGCUUCAUGUUGUUCCCUGAAAUUAAUCAUAUGGCCACUGCUAGCUGGUAGGGAGGUUGGAAUAUAAGUCCUUAUUCCAGGCCACAAUAUGCUGGGUUAAAAAUCAGUAUUCUCCUGCAAAGGAAGAAGGGAAGAAUGGGUAUUAAGGAAGGCAACCAGCAGGCUCUGGCCCAGAUGUGCAUUUAACACAUGAAGGAUGGCCUCCCCAGGGUAGUUUUUGCACAUUGUAUCUUAUCAUUUCAGUGUUGCUGUGAAUGCUUCGUUUUUUUCAUUUUAAGAAACCACAAAAAACAAGCAGUACUUCUGAUUUGGAUGACUUGGAAGCUGGUCUUUGUUUUAUUUGGUUUUCAUUGAAAAUUGGUAUUAUAAGGGUGGGAGUGUUUAGAUCAGUGUUUUCCAAAGAUCAACCAAGAGACUAUCUUAGGUACCACAUUGAUUAAUAUUUUUAAAUUUUGACAUUCAUAUGUUUUUUACACUAAUAGUCUAUGUUAAUUGAAACUGAUGGUCCUUUAUAAGAAGCAAUUAAACAGUAAUCAAGUAAUCAAGUUUUCUAUUAAAUUUUAGUUAAGAAAAAAUUUCAGUUUUAAGAAAACUUAAGUGACCUUGAGAAACACUGAUUUAAACAAGACUACCCUGAUUUUGAGAAAUUGGAGUAGAUGAGUUUGCUGGCUCAGUUUACACCAUUUUUCUAUUCAUAGUAGCAAAGGACUUUAAAAAAAAAAUGCAGUACAUGCACAUGGUUAAAAAAUGCAAAGAGUUAAAAUAAUGAUAAAAAGUAAUCUCUUUCCCAUCUUUCCCUAAUCCCCCAGAAGCAACUAUCAAUAGACUUUUGAUUUGAGAUGUUAUACUUUGGUUUACCUUUCUAAAAUUUAUGAUGAAGAAUUGACUCCCCAGACAAUAUAGUUUAAUUUUAAAAUAGUGAAAAUCACACUAUUAUUUUAUAAAAAUAAAAAAUUAUUGAACUUAACUGAGGGAUUUUCUUUUUCUUUUUCUUUUUUUUUUUUUUGAGACGGAGUCUCGCUUUGUCGCCCAGGCUGGAAUGCAGUGGCGCCACCUCGGCUCACUGCAACCUCCGCCUCUUGGGUUCACUCCAUCCUCCUGCCUCAGCCUCCCAAGCAGCUGGGACUACAGGCGCCUGCCACCACGCCUGGCUAAUUUUUUGUGUUUUUAGUAGAGACAGGGUUUCACCACGUUAGCCAGGAUGGUCUUGAUCUCCUGACCUCAUGAUCUGCCUGCCUCGGCCUCCCAAAGUGCUGGGAUUACAGGCGUGAGCCACCGCGCCCGGCAACUGAGGGAUUUUCUAUCCAACUACAGCUGCUAUCUCUGCUACUACUGUUGGAAGACAUAUAGCUUUAAGGCAAAGGAAAUAUAUAUAUAUAUUUUUUUUUUAAAUUGAGACAGGAUCUCACUCUGUCACCCAGGUUGGAGUACAGUGCCGCAAUCAUAACUCACUUCAUCCUCAACUUCCUGAGCUCAGAGGAUCCUCCUGCCUCAGCUUCCCGAGUAGCUGGGACUAUAGGUGUGUGCUACCACAUUGGCUAAUUUUCUUGAGGUUUUUUUUGUAGGAUUGGGGUCUCGCUAUGUUGCCCAGGCUGGUCUUGAACUCCUGAGCUCAAGCAUUCUUCCCACCUCAGCCUCCCAAAGUAUUGGGAUGAGCCACUAUGCCCCAUGAAAAUACCUUUAAAACCAAAAGCAGGACAACCCUUAUUCCCGCUGUCUUAAAUAAACAAAUUUGAAUUUUUUCCAUGUUUGUUGAGUAGGACUUUUUCUUUCAUAAUUGACUUAAACUUGGGUAUGUUUGUAUGUUAUUGCAAAUAUAAUACAUUACCCAUCAUGUAACUUGUAGAUCUAAAGGCUUUGUCAUUUCCUUUGCUGGGGAAAUGAUACUUGGUCUCCCAUUGCCUGACCACUGUGUAUAACACUAAUUAUUGUAGAACUACAGUGGUGCUAUAGAGAUGGCUAAGAGAGGCCCAGGAUUUCCAGUUUUUGUUUGUUUGUUUUUUUGUGUGUGUGCCCAUAAAUAAUUUUUGCACUUCUCUGUUUUCUCAGAAAAAAUAUUUACUUGUGAGGUAAUAUUUGACUUACAUGUAACUGGGCAGUGUUGGAUUUGGUUUUGAGAAGUAUGAGAAAAUGGAAAAAUGAUAUUUUUACCUGAAAUACCAGAGGUUAAAUUUUUAAUAUUUGUACAAUGUAAAGUCAUAUUGUUUCUGCUUAUAUUUAAAGUCCUAACCAUGAAAUGGGUAAUUUAUAGAAUAUCUAAUAUCGAAUGUGGACCAUUGUAUUCUCGAUAGUCAUAUACGUAAUAGUUUCUGAAGACUGUUAGUUUCACUGAAAUUUGAUAGUUGCUAGCAGGAGAUAGGAAAAAAUGUUCUUGCUGGGCAUAAAUCUUUCUAAGUAUGUUUAGUAUCAUUCUCAACUAAAGUUAGUGUACUUUGGUAUAAUAUGCUUAAGAAGAACCUUGGGUGCUUCUGGUUUUAAAAUGAUGAAGUAGCAAUACUUUUGGCCUUUCAUCUCUUGGAAAUGUUCUCUAAAGGUUGGAAGAAUAAGAAAUGGAAAGCUCCAUUUUGAUGCAACUAGGGAACUUCUGUCAUCCCUCAUCCCCAGUCACAGCUAUUGAAGGUGGUGGAGUGGUAACUGACUUCCAGAGCAGACACCUGAGUCCUCAUAGUGGGGCCACCAUUGGGAAACAAGCAAGUUUUGUCCCUUGGAUCCCAGAACAGCACAGGAAUUGGAAGUAUCAGGUAUCUCAAAAGACAGGGGUGGGGCAGAUGUGCUUGAGACUCAGGGAAAUUAAGCAGCAGAAGCCCUAAGAUGAGACACCUGACUGAGAACAGAGGAUGAGUAAAACACCUGCAAACUAAUAACUGCCCAGCAGCCAGAAGACUGGAAAUUAGGGAAUGCUUUUUAAGAGACACUGAAGGGCCCCAGAGAAGAGACAGAUACUGACUUUUAUGGAUUCCCCAAUGACAAAGCUGAUUGGCCCGUUGAUUGCAUUGUAUUGAGGGUCACAGUGUAAUCACCUCACCUAUGAACUCUAAUCGAUAUUUUAAUGCAGCCAAGAUGAGAGUGACCAAAACAAUCAAGAAGGAACUUAGAGGAACAAAAUAUAAAGAGCAGAAGAAAAUGUAAAUGUGUAAACAAACUAUAAUUAAUAUCCUCAGAGAUUAGAUAAUGGAUCUAUAAUAAGAACAAGAUGCUGUUAAAAGCCAGAAGGAGAGUGAGAGUGUGCAAAAGGGCAGUCGCAAUAUGGAAGAUUCUUCAAAGUAGAAAAAUUGACAACCUACAUUUAAAAAGUACAUAGAUGGUUUGGAAGAUAAAGUUGAAGAAAUUUAUAGGAAAGUAGAGCAAAAAGAAAAGUAAGAUUAAUAGAGAAACUGUUAAGUCCAAAUUCCAAUUUAUAGGGAUUCUAGGAAGAGAAAAAUGUGAGGCAGAUAUUAUUAAACAAUUAACAUAAGAAACUUUUCAGAACUGAAGAUCAUGAAUUUUAAGACCCACCAAUGCCUAGCACCAGUGAGUGGAAAAACACUCACUCAUUUGGGUGCAUUUUCAUGAUGGAGUUCUACAGACUAAGUGAUAAUUGUAAAAGCCCCAAUGAUAAAAAAAAGCAGGUUACAUAGAAAUGGUGGGAAGUAAGAAUGGUGAAACAUUUUAAAAUGAUACUUGCGUUAGAAGACAACGGAGAGUUGUCUAAAAUUUUUUGUUAAAAAUGAUUUCCUACUUAGAAUUCUAUACCCAGUUAAGCUAUUAUAUGUGUGGUUAGAAAAUAGACUUUUUACAAAAAGAUAUACACAAUUUAAAAAAUGUUGUCUUUUAAACUGUCAUAUAAGGAGACAUGAUGACUAAAUGUGGUAUAUCCUGGAUAUCCUGGAUGGGAUCCUAGAUCAGAAAAAGGACAUUCAGUAACAAGUAAGGAAAUCUGAAUAAGAUAUGGACUUUCAUUAAUUGUAUCAAUAUUGGUUCAUGUGUAUGUGAGGUGUAUUCAGGAAUGUUCUCAGGAAUAACACCUGUGAGGAAGCAAAAGAAGCAGAAUUGAGCAGAGGGAGAAAUUGAACUGUGAUGCAGGUAUAGCAAAGGUUGUAGCUGAUACCAUUGGCCCUGAACAUAGGAUGGCUCUAGAGAGAUGCCUAAAUGAGGUAAGGGAGCCCAACCUUUGUCCCUGAGUGUGGCCUCGCCAUUAGACAUGUACUGCCCAGGGGAGCAAGGCAGCCCUCCUUUGGCUGAGAGCAGUUACUGGGAGAGACUCAGUCCUGAGCUGGCAGCAGGUAACACUCCUGGCAAGAAAGGAUUGAUUGAGUACCUCUUUGCCGGAAGGGAGGAUCUGGCUGGUGCACUAACAGUAUCCAUUACAAACUCCAACAACUGGAGAAUCAGGAAAAGAAAGACAAUAUACAUGAGGCAGAUUUCAGAAUCUCUAGACCUGGCAUAUUCUGGCCUUUCUAAGACUGUUUUUAGUUUUAUGGUAUGCUGGUUUUUAGAUCAGCCCAAACUUGGCAAUUUUAAACAUGGAUACACACAUGCAACAGUUAUCUGUAUUCUUUUGAAAGAGAUUCCAGUCAAAUGUUUAGAUGCACAGUACUGAGUGACUUUACGUAGUUUCAUUCUUCAGCAUAUUUUCAUUAAGAGAUUUCUGAGCCCUUAAUCUGAGAAAUCUAGUGAUACUACCAUCAGUUCAUUGCUGUAAUCAUAUAUAUAGUCAUAUGUCACUCAAUGGUGGGAUACAUUCUGAGAAAUGUGUUGCUAGACAACACAUUUGUUGUUGUACAAACAUCAACAGCCUGUACUUCUACAAAUCUAGAUGGUUUAACCUACUGUUCAUACCUAGGUUAUAUGGUAUGGCCUAAAGCUCCUAGGCUACAAACCUAUAUAUAAUAGCAUGUUACUAUACUGAAUACUAUAGGCAGUUGUAACACAGUGGUAUUUGUGUAUCUAAAUAUAUCCAAACUUAGAAAAAGUACAGUAAAAAUAUGGUACAAAAGAUUAAAAAGGGCCAAGGAUGGUGUCUCAUGCCUGUAAUCCCAGCUUUUGGAAGGCUGAGGUGGGAGCAUUGCUUGAGGUUAUGAGUUCAACAUAGCAAGACCUGGUCUCUACAGGAAAAAAAAAAGUUUGGUCAGGUAUGGUAGCAUGUGCCUGUAGCUACACGGGGGGCUAAGACAAGAGGAUCACUUGAGCCCAAGAGUGAGAGGCCGUAGUGAGCUAUGAUCACACCAUUGCACUCUAGCCUGGGUGACAGAGCAAGACCCUGACUCUUAAAAAUAAACAAACAAAAGAUUAAAAAUGGCACAUCUGUCUAGGACGCUUACUGUGAAUGGAACCUGCAGGACUGGAGUUUCUCUGGGUAAGUGAGUGAGUGAGUGGUGAGUGAAUGUGAAGGCCUAGGAUAUUACUGUAGACUUUAUAAACAUUUAAUACUUGGGCUAUACUGAAUUUAUUUAAAAAUUUUUUCUUUAAUAACUAGCUUACUGUAACCCUUUUACUUUAUAAACUUAUCUUGCUUAUCUUUUGGACUUCUGUAAUAACACUUAGCUUAAAAAAGAAACACAUUGUAUACUGUACAAAAAUAUCUUCUUUAUAUCCUUAUUCCAUUUUUAAUUUUUGAAAUUUUAUUUUUUACUUUUUAAGCUUUUUUUGUUAAAAACAGAGACAUAAAAUAUACACACUGGCCUGGGCCUACACCAGGUCAGGAUCUUCAAUAUCAGUGUCUUUUACCUCCACAUUUUGUCCCAUUGGAAGGUCUUCAGACUCAAUCACACACAUAGAGCUGCCAUCUCCUAUGAUAACAGUGCUUUCUUCUGGAGUAUCUCCUGAAGGACCUGCCUGAGGCUGUUUUACAGUUAACUUUUUUCCUGUAAAGCAGAAGGAGUAUACUCUAAUGUGAAAAAGUAUAGUAUUAUAGUAAAUACAUAACUCAGUAGCAUAGUUGUUUAUUAUCAUUAUCGAGCGCUAUAUGUUAUAUAUAAUUGUAUGUGUUCUACUUUUCUAUUACUGGCAUAGUUGUAGGUUUGUUACACCAGCAUGACCACAAACACGUGAUUAAUGCAUUACGUUAUGACGUUAUGACAGCUACAGUGUCACUAGAUGAUAGGAAUUUUCCAGCUCCAUUGUAAUCUUAGGGGACCAGAGCUGUAUAUGUGGUCCUUUGUUGACCAAAACAUUGUUAUGCAGCUGCUGACUGUAUGUGGUUUGCUUGCUCCACAGUUGUAGGCUUAAUGCAGAAUAAUCUAGUUACCAACAGGAUUUGUAAAUAGGUCAGUGGCUAAUAGGUGUUAGUGUAGGAAAGUGUAAGAUACUGUACUUGUAAAUAAAGACUUUUGAGAAACCAGGUUGUCAGGAAAACUGUCCAAGUCUUGCGUGUUUUGCAACUUUUUAGACCAACUAAAUGCCAAUCAUCAUUUAAACACUUACCAAAUGUCUACUGAACACCUACCUUGUGCAUGUUGCCUAGCAAGGAGACUAGAAUCUUACAGAAGAAUUAAGACAUGUAGAUGUAAGGAAAUACAAUUCAAAAUAGAGCGGUAAAGUGCCAUAGACGUAAAGAUGUGCCAAGUGUUGUGGGAGUAAUUUAGAAAGAGGAAGUUUUCUUUCGCGUAAAGUGAUCUAGAACAGUGAAGUUGGUGGAUCUUCAAUAAGGCUUUGAUGGAAGAGGGUAGGAGGUGAGGUUCUGUGUUGGAAACAGGGCUUGUGGGGUGCCUGCAUAAACUGCCCAUAAAAAUAGGGGACAAUAAGUUCUGGAAAGCCACAAGAGGCCUCUGAGGAGGAAAGCCUCCUAAUUGCCAUCAUGUUCCCAUGCUCAGAGUGAGACCUGCUCUCUUAUCUGUAAACACUGUGUUCAAGGAGAAAGACACUCCUUUGAAGCAUUGGAAUGUGGACAGAUAUGCAGGCUCCUAGUUAAGCCUACUCCCACCAGCUACUCUUCGAUAAGUUAAAGAUAUGCUGUUUGAACACAAAGGAGAUUCACUUAAACCGCCACUGCUAUAGAUUAUGUGUAUGACGCACUGCCUUCCAUUCACCAUUUUGCCCUGAACGUCUGCUUCUUAGGUCUAAGUGACUGUACUCAAUAAAAAGUGUGGAGACCAGAGCUCUGAGCCUUUUGCAGCCUCCAUUUUGCAAUUGGCUCUCUGGCCCCCACUCUUUAUGCAUUCUUAACCUGUCUCAUUCCUUCAUUGCCACUGGAUUUUGAGUACCCUGCGGGUGGUGUUGAGGCUGGUCCCCAACAGUUCUGGGGUCUUGGAGAGGGGAGAAAAGUUUAUCACAGAGAAAAGGAAGGGGAGAAAAGUGGAAACAAUUAGAAUAUGUGUAUCCAUCACUUAUGAAAUGUUAGUGAAUCAAUAACAAGAAUACAGUAUAAAAUUUGGAUUCCUGUGCCUCUAAAAACAGUCGGGAGAUGAAAAGUUACAGAAAAUUAUGUUCAUUGCUACUCUAGUCACAAUACCAAAGACAUGGAAUUAGUCCAGGUGCCCAUCAAUGGUAGAUUGGGUAAAGAAAAUGUGGUGCAUAUACACCAUGGAAUACUACACAGCCAUGAAAAAGAAUAAAAUCAUGUCCUUUGCAGCAACAUAGAUGAAAUUAGAGGCCAUAAUCUUAAGCAAAUUAACACAGGAACAGAAGACCAAAUACUGCAUGUUCUUACUUAUAAGUGGGAGCUAAACAUUGAGCACACGUGGAAAUAAAUAUGCAAACAGUAGACACUGUGGUCUACUAGAGGGUGGAGGGAAAGGGGGUGAGUUGAAAAACUACCUAUCAGGUACUAUCCUCACUACCUGUGUGGUGGGAUAUAUACCCAAAACCUCAGCAUCAAGCAAUAUUCCCAUGUAACAAACCUCCACGUGUACCCUCUAUAUCUAAAAUAAAAGUUGAAAUUAAAAAAAACAAAAACAAAAGUUAUGAAUUGAUCAUGAGGUUGGAGGAGAUUUUAUAAGAUGCUCAGUUUUCUGUAGUUAGGUUCUCCCACAAACAUUUAAAUCUGUUAGUUACUAAUGUUUCCUAUAAACAGGACAA